AUGGCAGCAUGUCAGCUCCUCCUGGAGAUCACCACAUUCCUUCGAGAGACCUUUCCCUACAUGCCCAGGCCGCGGACGGAGCCUCUUGUGGUGAGCAAAAGGCAGGAAUUUACUUUGGAGACAAUCUGGGACAGGGAAAAAGAAAGAAUAAGCACAAGCUGCAGAAUUGGAGGGGGAAACCAGAAAAUCAGCUGAGUAGCUGAAGAAAUCUAUUGUUAAAUUCAUGUCAGGCUGUCAGAAAGGCCCCUCCGUCUGUUGUCUGAUGCUGUAAGGAGACCAGGCACAAUGCUUGCAGUGAUUAACUUUAUUGCUCCAAGGUCAAAGAGUUAGCACCCAGCACUUCCAUCAGUUAAGCAGGUCAGUUGCAGAAGCUAAAGUUCCUGCCCCUUCCGUCCCCUAUUCAUUCUCCCUCCAUGCAUUUUUUUCAUUGUGACAGCUUUUCUUAACUGUUUCAGCUUUUUCUGGACUCUUCGUUCCUGUGCUGAGGGUGGGGAUGGGGAACGAGCUGAGUCAGUACAGUACUGUAUUGCAGAGCAGGAGACACAGCUCCUUCUCCUUCUCUAUCAGUGUCUGUGGCUACCUACCUCAAGACUCUCCCCUUCACCAGCACACUCUGCCGAUGAUUCCUCUCUGUCCUACCAGUCUGAACCUGGCUCAAAGUCCCCUUACCCCACAGGUGCCUCCUGGACCACUGGCUGCCCCCACUCUUCCUCAUCCAACCAGUCCCUGACAAUUCAUGAGAAGCGAACAGACUCUCUCACCCACUUGGCAGGUGGGUGGUUCAGCGGGAGAGGAGGAGGCAGAGGACUGGAGGGGCAGCAUUUUCUUCUUUGCCUCUAGCAGCAAAAUGACCUGGGCCAGCCCUGAUCAGUGUGGUGUAGGAGACAGUGUAUGUACUUGGAGCUAGGGAAACCUGGAUUCAAAUCUCUGCCACACUGUGAAACUCACUGACUAACACUGGGCCCAGCCAUCAUCAUCAUCAUCAUCAUCAUUAUUUUAGUUUCUACUCUGACUUGCAGGGCAAGUGAUCACAACAGCAACUUACAAUAAACAUGUGAAAAGCAAUGCAACAUUGUAUAAGUAACAUUUAAUAAAAACAGUAUCAAGUAAAAUUAUAUAUAGGUGGCUGGCAAUAAAAUGUAUUGUCAACUUAACCUAUUCCUUGUGGUUACUACCAGGGUAAAUUGAGAUGUCCCUAUGUGCACUGCUCUAAGCUCCUUGAUGAAACAAGUGAGAGGUUAGAAGAUACAAAUGGAGAAAACAACCUUUCUGAUUGAGUUUAUUGGUCUUUUCCUUAACAUUAGAAUAAAACUUGGUACCCAUGAUAUUCACGUGCUUCUGUGGUUCAUGUAAUAUUUUAGGACCUGGAGAGUUGCAGGUUGCGUUUGGACCCUGAGAUGGAUCGGCACAGGUAUGAGAGGAAGAUCAGCUUUGCUGGGGUUCUGGAUGAAAAUGAAGAUUCAAAAGAUUCCUUGCACAGCAGCAGUCAUACCCUGAAAUCUGACACAGGUUGUGAAGAGAAGAAAGGUUUGUUGCCUACUAAAGCUUCAAACUUUUUCCAGGUCUAUUGUUUAGCGCUGGACUUCUAUGUCCUAACUUUUGAAAUUGUUUUAAGAAGCGGGAAGCUAUGGAGCCACAAGGCUGAACCAUCACUAGCCCCAAAAUAUGUGUACUCUUAAGGCAUAACUCACUGUGGUUGCUAAAGCCAGCAGAGUGUCUAUCAUUGUAAUGCCAUUUCAUGCACACGUGCGCACGCACACAAAAACAGCCUCCUGGUUCAAGUGUUGCAAUACAAAAUACAAUUAACAGUUACUUAUACAACACUAUUUUGGACAAUAAGUAAUAGUUCAGGGUAUGAGAUGUAGCAUAGAAAAUUGAGACAGCAAGCUGUUUACUUUUUUGAAGUCUCACAAUGUAGAAAUUAGGGAUUUCAAAGGAGCAGCAGGCUUUGCUGCCAUGAAGAACUGUAAGUCUUUGGAGACACUGACUAUAUUAUUUGGCUGCUUUCUUGAGACUCCAGCAAGUACCUGGCAAAUCACCCUUCCUAGCUCGAAUCUGUUUGAAAACCUGGUUUCCAAACAUCCUGUCUCUUCCAUACACUUCUGUAUAUGACAGAUGUCUGGUGCACAAGAUAACGAGGCAGCUAUAAUUGCUUCCAGUCAUCCCUGCCAUGAUUUCUGUCCUUCCAAGAUAGCAGAACCCCACUUAGAAGUAUAUAACUCAGUCUUAAACUUCUCAGCACAGGACUUCACAAUGCAUGAAACCAGAUGCAGCCCUUGAACCAUAUAUGGUGACACUGCCCCUGCCCCCUUUCCAAGGGCUUGAUAAACCUGCCUUGGGAAUUGCAGAAACAGGAGUUUAUUGAACCCCUAUGGACUUCUACAUAAGGCGUGUAGAAUUUGCUUAGCUUAUUAACUCACAAGUUGUACAGUACCGCCCUACAAUUCUCAACAUAUUUAGGUGGAAGUAAGUACUUAAGUAGAGUACACUUUCAAGUUAAUGCAUAAGAUCUCCACCAGUGUAGGUUCAAAUAUUCUAAAGCUCUCCAUGAGUAUGGUUGCAUGGAGUAGUAACACCAGACUCAGCACUAUCAUGCUGAUGAAGCACCAUUGCCUAAUAGUGGUUUGUGUAAACACGGAAACCCAUUUAAUACCUGUUGCAUUUGGGCAGAUCACCAGGAAGCAGUGCUUGAUGAACAUGGUCAUCCUGGUCCAGACAUUACUUCCUCCACACAACUGUGGCCAUGGAGAUGUGUCUCUAGUUUCUUUGCCUCUGAACUGGCACAGUUAAGCUGUUGGCUUUGCCAGAAUAGCUUUUUUAAACCAACAGAGACAUCCUAUUUUAUGGCAGUGAGCAAUGAAUUUCUCUUAUUUAUUUGUUUUUUGUCACAAGUCUGUUCAUUGUAAAUUGAUUGAAAGCAUCACUUUGCCUGUGAUAGGCUUCUGAUUUACAUAGGAAAUUGGUUUCUAAUCUCUGUGAAGUCAUCGUCUCUUGGCAGAGUUGCAUACUAUAUGUUUUAUCUAUCUUUCACGUUAGUAGAUACUGUUGAUAUCCUAUCAUCAUUACAGAUCCCCGAUCAAAUCAAGUAAAAGAAGCCCAGGUGCUUCUUGCAUUAUGUUAUUUGCAUACAUUACAGGUUUUUCAAAAUCUGCAUAACACCAAUUUAUUUAAAGAUAUAAUUAAAUAUUCUAAAUAUAGCUACAUUGAGCUGCAUCAAUGGUAUAGUAUCUGUGUGCUUUUUACAUUAUUAUUUGCAAAUUCCUAUGAGUCUCUUCCAUGUUUACAGAUGUACUUGAAGAUGACUUGCAUGGAUGAGUAGCAUACACACCUAUCUUUCUAAAAGUCUCUUUGAACAAUAGGUGUGCUAUGGAACCUUUUUGGUGUAUUUAUUAUCCACAUCAGUUGUUCUCACGCAGCUCUCUAUGAAGAUACCAUAUGUAAAACCAUACAGAGCAACAGUGCAAAUUCAGUAUGCAAAUUAUACGUGGCAUGGCAUAGCAUUGCAGGUGUUUUGGGCAUAGUCACAUCAUGUGAGUUCAUAUCGCAAAAGCAACAUGGUUCAGUGCAAGAUUAUUUCUUUUACUAGCCAGAGAGAGGGAUGGGGAGAUUUGUACCUGGUCAGAUCAUUUUUUCAGCCCAAACUUGUAAUGGUUUUCUGAGGACCCAGGCAGUCGUCUUUCACAAUCAAGCUACUUGUGAUUUUCUCCCACCCCCUUUCUUCUUCUUUUUUUGUUAGAGAAGCCCAUGCUUGAAUUUGGGACCAGAGCAUAGGCUAAUAUGAUAGAGACUAUCAGUAGUAGUGACUUGUAUGAGUUUCUGGAGGUUUGCAAUACUCAACUCUACUUUGAGAUGAGUUUCAUAGCCUCUGAAUUAUUUUCCAGCUGAGGUUUUAAUCUGAGCUGGAGGAAAAAUACAUGGGAGAGAAGGAGCAGGAUUUUGAUUUCCUCAGAAAUAAGUGGAACUUCCUCAUGAUUCUGAGGGAGUAACUGAUGUGAGCUAGGAGAAACUCACUCAGUUCAGUACUAGCCACUAAUUCUCUUGAAGGCAUCACAACACUUUCUGUGUAUGUGAUUCUGGAAAUGCAGCCAGAUUUCUAGAAUCUACCUUUCCCAUCAUUUUAGCAUUGAAUUUUUCUCUUCCUAGCAUAGCUGCUCACAUUGUUUAGUUCUGAAUUAAUUAUCAAUUGCCUAUUUUUACUAAAAUUACCCAACAAGGCAACAUAGGAAUAGAAAGGAACAAUAAAAAUGUAUAUAAUGUAAAUUCAGUAAAAUAGAUCAGUUCAGUAAACACACAUCAGAAUGUAAUACAGUCAUGCUUUCAGUAAAAGGAGCUUUAAUGUGUUGCUUAACAAUUGCUAAAAUGCAGUCCCAUGUAAAAAAAACCUGUUCAGAAUUUAUUUUGUUGUGGCACAAGGGAUUUCUGUAUGUAAGACUAGAUUGCAGAUGGUAGAUUGUUAGUAAGAUGCUUUAUGACACUUUGGAAUUGACUAUGAUGAACAUAUUCGAUUGUUUUAUAAUUUAAAUUAUUCUUUUCUCAAAUUUAAAGGUAACAACAUUUGCAGAUCUUGACAAAGGCAUUUCUUGUUAUUGUUCAGCUAAAAUUUGUUAUCUGAUUUUUCUCAUCUGCAGUGACAAGGACAGGCUUCAAAUCACUUUGAAAACCAUUAACCUGUUUCUUCCUUUCACACAACAUUCACCUCACUUGUAUGAUAAUAACUUUUCAUUGAUUGGGCAACCAAGGUGUGUUUUUAAAACUAUGUAAAAGCUAUGUUUUUACAGUCACUGAAAGGUGGGUCCUAAUGUAGAUAUACUAGUUAGGGCUAAUUAGUAGUCUUGGAAAAUAUAUUUAUUAUUGUGAACUAAGCCGUGUACUUUACUACCACAGUGUUGUCUAUUGUAGAUUAUUUGGGGGAAGUCAUGACCAGCUAAUAUAAAUCUUGCACAGCAUUGCAAGACUGAGUCAAUAGAUGACAUUGCAUGUCAUACUCUCGCUCCCAUUUUUUUAAUUGUUGUUUUUUUGGUCUGGAUAAAUAGGAAUAACAGUGACAUAUUUUGUAAGGUUGUUAGCCAGUGCAAUGCAAAUUAUAAAGCAAUUGGAGCAUUUUACAUUCCGAUCAGCAUACAGAGGACUAUAAGUUUUACUCAGUUUGUUGUGCCUUGCUCAUAUUAGUGUCUAAUGCUGCUGUUGUUUUUGUUGUUGUUCUUGUUGUUAACAUGUUUCCUAGAAAUAGUUUUUCAUUACAGGAGAUCUUAACCAGCACUAACCAUCAAGCAAACUGGAUUUUAGCCUCCAGUCCAUCACAAAACAAUAAAGACUUCUGCCUUGUAGUUUCUUAAAGUCGUUGCUACAAAAACCUUUAUCAACUAGACAUGACUUUUUUAGGACUAUCAAGUCCUCUUUACUUCAUGCAUCAGAUGAAGAGGACUGUGGUCCAUAAUGAAUAUUUUAGGUUUUUUAAGGCACUGCUCAAAACUCUUUGUUGUUUUGACUGCAACAGACAAAUGUGAUUAUCUCUCUGGCAGUGUAUCACAUGACCUGUUUCCAAGUCAUUCAAAAAUAUUCCCCUAAUUGUGGUAGCUCUAAAAUGCAAACACAGUUAAAUGCAAAACAUAACUAAGACAAUAAUGCUAGAGCCUGGAACACCUCUGAGCAGAACUGUGCAUUCAUGGCAGAGUGUCAGUGUGUCUAGAAAUCAGAAGGAUACUCCCAAACCCAUUUUUUGUUGAAUUUAGACAUAUCUCUUCUCACCACUGCACAUUUCUCUGGCCUGCCCCUGCUCAAAAAGUGACAGCUAUCAUUUAUCUACAUUGCACCUGUGCAGUAUGUUCAUCUUAAGUAGAUGUUCAGUUAAGUGUUGCAACAUUUGGACUUGCAUAAUGUCAUGUACUGCCUUAAAGCUGAGUGGAAAACAAUGUGUAAAUGACUGGUGCUUCAAACCAUUCCAUAUCUUUGUGCUCAUUAAAAAAAAACAACACACACACAAACCUCAGCAUCCACAGAUGUCUGUAAUGCCUGAAAGCUGCUGAAAGGAGUUGGACUACAUGUUAUUGCUUUUUCUGUAAAAUUCUGGUGAAGUUUAAUAUACAAAAACAGCGAUCUGUUCAACAGCAAUACCGAAACUGGGCAAGCAAAGUAGACUCUUAGUUUCAGAAAGCAGGCUGCCUAUUUACAAUCAUGAACGCUGCAUGAUUGAGCACUGUGAUUCUAUAACAAGAUUUAAACAACCUUCUGCUAGCAGGAGGAUAGGUUUGCCCCUGGCAUCUUGUCUACAACUCAGUCAUUGGUAGCCAGCAAUUGAUGUAGAUGCAAUGGUGUAGAUCAGGCAUGGCCAAACUUGGCCCUCCAGCUGUUUUGGGGCUACAUCAUCCCUGACCACUGGUCCUAUUAGCUAGGGAUGAUGGAAGUUGUAGUCCCAAAACAGCUGGAGGAUAGAAGUUGUCUCUUGUCAUAUUGCUGAAGAAUAAAUCUGGAGCAACAUGGGGUUUUUUGAGGGGGGUGGGGGGAGCACAAAUUGUAGCUUUGAUUGUUUAGCUAUGGGGUUUCCAACAGUGCCUCUUACACAGCAUUUUCAUGAUACUAAUGACUGAAUUGAAGGAUAAUAAUUAAUCUGAGUAACAGGCAAGAAAUAUGUCACAUCUUUGCCAAGGUAUCCCUUGCUGGAUGAUUAAUAGAGCUGCAUUGGCAUUGGCUUUGGAGGGAGCCUCUUGCCGGUCUUCCUUGAGAGAAGGAAAGGCUCUGCAAUGCAGGAUGGGGGGAUGGAGGGGUAGGAAUAUAACUAUAUAUAUAUCUCUAUAUUUAAAAUACAAUUAUAAUUUUUAAAUGGGGAAACCUAAGGGGGAAAAAGUCCUUUCUUAUUCUUUUAAUACAGUUCCCAGCAGGAAGAUCAGGAUAGGAGGCUCCCGCUUGCUCCAGAUUAAAGGAACCCGCAGUUUCCGGGUGAAGAAAGGGGGUUCCCUGUCCAGCAUUCGCCGGGCCGGCAGCCUAAAGAGCACCAAGUUAUCACGUCAGGACUCAGAGUCUGAGAAUGAGGAGCUGCAGCUGUCCCACAGCAGGGACACUGUCACUGACAUAGGUAACAUAGAUGAGCUGGGCUAAAAAGGGAGCGGGAUGAUGAGGCAGCAUCUUGAGCCUGGAAGCAACUCAAGCAGGUCUAGGGAAGUAGGAAAAGGGCUUGUAGGCUAGGCAGACCCUCCAGUUAUUUCAGCUGAAGUAAGGAGAAGUUCACACUUUUUGCAUGAUUUAAAUACAUGGCAACAGCAGAGAUUGAGUCCUGCCAUUGGUACACGAGGUAGUCAGAUCUGUUCCACUCAAAGGAUGCUAAGUUUUAAAAAUCUAAACGUUUGGUGCAUGGACUCACUAUACAGGCAUUUUCCUGACUGCCAACCCGAUGCAUGCCAUGCUUAGAAAGGUAUAUAUAAAAAUACCAUAUAUUAUAUAUCUAUAUGGCAUAUAUAAUAGCUGUGGUAUUUUAUAUAUAUAUACAUAUAUAUAUACAUAUCUCAAUAUUAUGGUCUGUGCAUAUAGCUAUAUAUAUACAAUAUGUAUAUAUGAUGCUGUGUAUGAGAUAUAAAUAUAUGUGUGCUCGUGAAUCUCCAAAAUAUUAGUUCCCAAAGAUUUCAGAUACAGAAAAGUCAGGAACAGAGAAAUCCUGCACUUGAAUCUCCUUUACCCUUCUGGUCUCAGUGGCAUUGCCCAUGCUCUUUUCUUCCACAGGGAAAUUCGAGUUCAGCCAGCUACAUAUUCAUUUAAAGAAAGGGCAGGGAAGAACUAAUUGGAAGUAAGCCAUGUCUCUUACUAAGCCAAUCCUAAUGUUACAAUCUCCAAUACUCAGAUUUUGUGCUAAAGGUCUGGCAAAUUGGAAGGCCCAUUUGGCAAUAAAUACAUCCAGGAAACUCUGGGGUCAGAGAGAGCCCUCCCCCUGCCUUUGUCCUCUAGCUUUUGUCAGGAUUUUUCCCCCUUUCAUUCCCAGGCAUUUUAGAGUCCUUUGAUGGGACCUCGUAGGGCUGUAGCCUGUGUGCGGCAGCAGUAGUUAUAGCAAAAGUGCUGCCGCUGCAGGACCAUACAUUUGGUGUUGUUUUUUAACCACAGAGCCCAGUCAAUGCAGAUCACUGAAACCAACAAUUUUGCAGCAUCUUGACGAUGCAAGAAUUCUCCUUCUCUUUACUUAACCCUCCCCUCUUCCAGAAAAGGGAGUAACUUUUAUCCCUGAUUAGUUGUUCUUUCAAUGGCUGUUAUGAAUUAUGCUUGUAAUUUCCAGCCCAGCGGAUAAUCGGGGCCAUAGAAGAAGGUUGGGUUGGGAAUGAGAAUAAGGGGAAAUGUCUGACAUUUGUUGAGAAUAGCCAAUGUUACUCCAUCAGUGUUUGACUCAUUAGGCUGGUAUGCUAAUGGCAUGUCAUUUCUGGCACCCUUAGGACAUGUAACAUUAAGAAACUGGCCUGGAUUACAAGCAUAUACCAUAGUUUUUUAAAAAAAAAACCACAGGAAGCAUGGAAAAAAACCAAACUACUUGGGUGUAUCUGUUUUCUUUUGAAGAAGGAAGCCCUUGGAGUGCAAGUGAACCCAGUAUAGAACCUGAAGUAUUAAGCAGCACAGGCACCGAAGAGAACUAUCACCGGAAUAUGUCUUGGCUGCAUGUAAGUAGAGAUCACUGGCGAGGUCCUAGAAUCUCAGCUUGUUGCACACAGAACUCACAGCUGAUCAUCAGGGUAGAGUUAUAUGUUUUUUGGCCGAAUGGUGACCCCCCCCCCAGCUACUCCAGUGUUUGCUCUCCCCUUCACUGCCCAAAUUCCCAUUGAGACAAGUUAAGGCAUCACUUUUUUGGGACGCGGGUGGCGCUGUGGGUUAAACCACAGAGCCUAGAAGGUCGGCAGUUCGAAUCCCCCGACGGGGUAAGCUCCUGUUGUUUGGUCCCAGCUCCUGCCAACCUAGCAGUUCGAAAGCACAUCAAAGUACAAGUAGAUAAAUAGGUACCACUCCGGCGGGAAGGUAAACAGCGUUUCCAUGCGCUGCUCUGGUUCGCCAGAUGCGGCUUAGUCAUGCUGGCCACAUGACCCGGAAGCUGUACGCUGGCUCCCUCAGCCAAUAAAGCGAGAUGAGCGCCACAACCCCAGAGUUGGUGACGACUGGACCUAAUGGUCAGGGAUCCCUUUACCUUUAAGGCAUCACUUUAAGAAAGUGUAAACCAGGCUUCCUCAACCUCGGCCCUCCAGAUGUUUUGAGAUUACAAUUCCCAGCAUCCCUGACCACUGGUCCUGCUAGCUAGGGAUCAUGGGAGUUGUAGGCCAAAAACAUCUGGAGGGGCGAGUUUAAGGAAGCCUGGUGUAAACCCCCAAAGUGAAGAAAGGUAAAAUUAAGUCGUUCCAGACCUCAUGGCCAGAUGUAAGUCAGCAACAAAUCAAGUCCCAUAAGUUUUUCAUUCAUUAAAUAUAGUAUUUUUUCCGCGCAUUGAAUGCUGAGCUGAGCUUAUUUUGCUUUUCACUGAUAAAUUAAUUUAUAGCUAGAGAUAUUCAAUAUUUUCUUUGUGGUCUUUUCUUGGUACAAACAUAACCCUGUAUCUCUACAGAAAUAUCUGGGCAUACUUUUUGUUCCAGGUGAUGAUACUGCUAUGCAACCAGCAGAGUUUCAUUUGCACCCACAUUGACUAUUGCCACCCUCACUGUUACCUCCAUCAUAGUCGCUCUUGUGCACGCCUUGUCCGAGCCAUCAAACUCCUGUAUGGAGACACUGUGGAUUCACUCAAAGAGAAUAACUUACUAAACAAUGUGGCUAGGAGCAAAAAACAGAAAGAGGUAAGCAAGCUGACAAAAUACUUCUUGGUUACACAAGCAUUUAUUCCAGUUAACUCGGCUACCUAAUGCAUAUUAAACUAUUGCAUGGGCAUUUCUCAGCUUUUCAUAACAUGCUGGCCAGGGAAACUUGUACUAGCAUGAUAUUUGGAUGUGAGAUCAGGUUGCAGAAAAGGGAGGGUAUUUCAGCUUAUCUCAUUCUCAGAAGUUAUGUCACUCAUGUCCUGAGAACCAAAGGGAAAGCUCCAUAAUUCAUUUAUUUUGUGUGUGUGUGUGUGUGUGUGUGUGUGUGUGUAUGUUAGUAAUAGGCACCUUGUGAGAUCAGUUUCCCCCCACAAGUAAGGUGGCCUCUAAAAACAUUUUUAGAGCAUUUCCCCCAUCCAAUUCUCUUUCAGUGUUCAGACAAGUCAUGCCUGAGAACACCCUCCUUGAAGAAGAGAGUGACAGAUUCCAACCUUGAAGGAAAGAAGGAUUCUGGAAUGCUGAAAUACAUCAGGCAUCAGGUAAUGAGUGUGUCACCUACAGGACUGACAGACUAGCUAAUGGAACAUCAUUUUUUUGUCUUUAAUAUAUGUGUCCCCUUGAUUUGGGCGGUCCACGGCAUGUCUGUGAAGAACCCUUUAGAAAUUAUAUUUCAUGGAAUUAAAUUUGUAAUGCAAUGAAAUACAAUAUAAGAAAUAAAAGAAGCAAUUAAAAUAUAAUUAAAAACACACAGUGCAUUAUAAUUGUUACAACAGACAGGCUGGGGGCAGAAUCAUUAAAUGGUCCACCAAGGUCUUCAGCAGUUUUCAAGUGGUCCGUGGUUGGUAAAGAUUGGGAACCGCUAGAUUAGGCCAUUCUUGCAAGACUAAAAAAUGCAAGCAUUUUCUUCCUGUUCUGGUGUACUGGAACCAGGUAGGUUUAGCUUCUCUUAGUACUUGAAGGCAGGAGCUUUUAAGUUGCCUGAUACAUUGCAUGAUUUGGCCCUGUGCUAGAGUCAGUCUUUUGGUCAGAGGUCGUCAGCCAUAUAAUUAUGGUUUUGGAUACCAACUUGAGAUUUACAGGUGUUAAUGUAAUUUCUGGUUUUUUUCAGGCUUGUACUUCAGUGUCUGUUUUUGCUAUGUGUGCUCAGGACCCCUUUUUGUAUUUUGGUUGACUUGCUGCUCUGGUUUGCCUGUAUCUUGUGCUUAGGUUUGUGUGUUUUCCUCUAAUUGGCCAGGAAUUUUUCCUCAUUCUUCUGGAGUCACCAAUUUAAUUAAUUCUGUGGUUGUCUCCAUUCUUCCUUCUGUUUCUGGUUGGUAGAAUCAUCUCCUUGGUGAUUCCUUCUACAAUUAAUUCCCAGUGUCUAAUUAUUAAUUAAAGUGAUUUUCUACAAUUAAUUCCCUGAAGUAAUGUUUGUCACUGAGUUGAAAGAUAUGAAUUGUUUGGACUAAGUUGGUCAGUGCACAGCUGUAGCCACAUCUUGCACCCAUUUUAUUUGCCUUCAGGGCACUUGGCUGUGCUUGAGGUGGUCAUCCUUAUACUCGCUUUCACAGCUGCCAUUAAAGUUCUAUGAAGUUCUUUAGUCUCUAUUUUGAAUGCAUCUUAUUUUGGUUUCACUGCUUCCACCCUUCAUUGUUGUUCACUAUUUGAGCCACCCUCUGCCCAAACAGUACUCCCGGCUACCAUCUCACUUCCCAGUUCCCAUCUUUAUGAUCCCAGCUGCCGUUUGAGUUCCUGCCUUUUUAAUCUCAUAUACCAUUAUGUCAUUGACUUUCACCCUCCUGUAUUCCUCUGUGUGCCCACGAAUUGUCGUCCAGGUCCACUGCUGCAGCAAUGUGCAAAAUUAUUAAAGAUAAGCCCACUGUGUCCAAAUGUAAGCUGUCUUUGCUUCCUGGACCCCUGUAACAAUCACAAGACUCUGUACCUGCAGAAAUAUUCUAAGUGACCCUGCCUGUCCUAGGGCACUGUUUUUGCAUGCAUGCCCCUGGAAAGAAUGUGUGAUAGGUUGUAUGAUUUCACAUCCACUUGUAUGCAUCACAUAACAUGGGAAAAGGUCUUUAUAGUAGUAGGUACGCCGGUCUUAAUUUCAGAUUGUUGAGUUUGAGCCCCACGUUGGGGGAUUCUUGCAUUGCAGGGGGUUGGAUGAGAUGACCCUCAGGAUCCCUUCCAACUCUGAUUCUAUGAAUCUCUUGAUUCUAUUAAUAUGUCCAGAAUAGAUUAUAGUUUUUUUCAGACGAAGGACUGUGUUUUCCUUUUCAAACAGUUACUUGGUUUUAAAAAUGCACUCAUAAUAUGCUGUGUUGCCCUAGCACUGAACACAAUAUUUUUUAGCUCUGUAUAAGAAUACAAAAUAGCCAGUGGCCUGGAAACAGAUUCAUUUGAGUUGAUGUUUGAUCAUAGUAACAUAAUUAAUAUCGGGGUCAUUAAUUAUUAUUAUUAUUAUUAUUAUUAUUAUUAUUAUUUAUUUAUUUAUUUAAACCCCGCCCAUCUGCCUGGGGCUUCCCCAGCCACUCUGGGCGGCUUCCAAAAAAAUAUUAAUGAAAAACGUAUUGGAUUUAAUGAAGGAGCUGCAAGUGAAAUGUAAUUUUCCUUUAAUUAUCUUUUUUAAUUAGUUAAUAUAUAAAGAACAAAGAAGCAUGUGCAUACCUAUAUCCCUGGUCCUUCGGACAAGAAAUACACUCAAAAUUGUUAAAUGUAAUAUUCUUGAAUUAGGCAAUGGAUUUCAUUCUUUCAUUUGUUUGUUUGUUUGUUUAAUACCCCCCCCCCCCAUAAGGCCUCAGGGCAGCUUAUAAUGAUAAAAUGUUAUUGGUAUCCAUCUCGCGAGAGACAAUGGAUGUGGGUCCGUGAGGUGCGUUAGGAGCACCGACAAGGCUCAAGCCUCAAGUGUGUAUUGAGAUCCUGGGCUGCCCAGACAACAAGACCCUCCCUCUCGUGCUCGCUGAUGUGGUCCAUAGGAAAGAAGAGCAAAAUGUUUGGCAUCAGCUUGGCUACAGGAGUUCCUGGAAGGAGGUGUACAAAGCGCCAUCCAACUGGCUUAGGGACUCCACUCCAGAUUUGUGUAGGCUUUGUUCCUUAGCCUUUUCUUCUCCAAAGAUGCCCCGCAAGGUAGUGGAGGUUUAGGAUCAAAGUUUCACUUUUUCUAGAUGGACUAACUUCCCAGGUUGGCAAGCCCCAUCUGCCCCUCACUUCCCUCUAGGAUGUGCAGAAACCACCUUCUUGACCAUUGGACCCACUCUUGGUCUCUUCCACUCAAUCUGCCAGAGCUUGUCUUCACAUGCAGCAGAAGUCCCUAACUUCUGCUUGAAACCCAUCAGCUACCUUCACCUGGCUUAGCUAACCAGUUGAAGCCAUUCCCAGGGUGUGGCCGCUGUCACAUGCUGACAGCUUCUAGGAGCUACAGGUGAGAGGGUGGGACCCCAGGGGGACAUGUUCUCCACUACAGAUACUACCCUAGCAUCCCAUACCCUCAAUAAUAAAAUUCAGCGUUAUAGAACAGAUAAAGCUGUCUACAACCACAGAGAAGGAAAAUGUAAAACAAUAUGAAAUGAUUCCAUGUAUAAAAACAAUUAAAAAUAGUUCCAGUACAAAUGCAGAUGGGAUAAAAAUCUCCACUUAUAAGUCUUGUUGAACAAGGUUGAUGAGGUGCAAGCAGGGCUUUUGGAGAAUGCUGCAUACUUAAACACUAGUACAUAGUCCACGCUGAACUCAGCAGAACGUUCUUCGGAUCAAGCAUGUUUUGGGGCUAUAAAUGUCCUCUUACUUUUAAUUGCUAUUUGGCUCUGCUGUACAGCAUGAUCUCUUUUUCUGCAGGUGAUGAGUUUGUCUCCAGCACCUUUGUCAUUGUUAAUUAAGGCAGCGCCCAUCCUCACAGAAGAGAUGUAUGGGGACAUCCAGCCUGCAGCAUGGGAACUGUUGCUCAGUAUGGAUGAGCACAUGGCUGGGGCAGCAGGUAAGAAAGUCCUCUUCCUCUGGCACUCAAGCCAUUUUAAGUGGGCAAAACAUAAUUUUUGUAAAAUUCUUCAGUGACAAGUCUUUAAAAAUAUGUUUUUGGGUGUGAGGCAUUAUAAUGAGGCUAUAAUGUUUGUGAUUGGACAACAUUUAGCUUAGUAAGUCUACAUUUGAUGAAGAAGCAACAUAAACUGCUUUUGGAAAACCAAACAAUUUUAAUUUUCUGAAAAUGUCAGGUAAUGCUAAAUAAUAAUUAUUAGUAUAUCUCUAUAAAUCAAUUUGAAUGAUUUAUUUGCAGUUUUACACACUUUAUACUUGCCUGGGAAUUUUCUGUCCCCUGGAACAGUUGUGUUAUUCUGGUGUUAUGUGAGCCCUUGCUUAUGCUACUACAUGUACUAAGACAGUACACAUACACACACACACCCUUUCUCUUCUUGCUGCAUGUAGUAUUCAUGCUUUCCACACAGGAAAUUUAUAAUGAGUGGCCCACAGUAGCUCCCCAUUUGCUGCCAGAUCUCCUCAUAAAACAGCAGUUUCCUAACCAUUUACUCAAAGAACCAAAGGCAUAGUUCUGAACUACAUCCUCCAGAACUGCUUUUUAAAAUUAAGGUGCCUCCCAGGUUUUCUUAUUUCUUUAUGAGUAUGUCAUUAAAAAACAAAGAAUUUUACAGCAACACACACACACACACACACACACACACACACACACACACACACACACACACACACAAGGUUAAAAACAGAUACACACCAUUCAUGAAAUAUUUGCUUCCUGCAGCUGCCAUGUUCCUUCUAUGUGCUGUGAAAGUGCCAGAGGCAGUGUCGGAUAUGUUGAUGUCUGAAUUUCAUCACCCUGAGGCAGUGCAAAGGUUGAAUGCCAUUCUUAAAUUCCACACCCUCUGGAGAUUUAGGUAUCAGGUGUGGCCUCGGAUGGAGGAAGGAGCUCAGCAAAUCUUUAAGGUAAAUUGCGUGGCGAGUUCCCGCCCCCCACCAGGAUAAAUAAAGACACAAGACACCAUAAUUUAAGGUUAAAUGGGCGAAUUAGGCCACAACUUUAUUGAAUUCAGGAAUGAGAGGCAUUGGCUUAGGCAUUUGUCCUAUCGACUAUCCGGCUCCAGCCCAUUUGCUGGAGACACGGGAAGGGUUAACACCAUAGAGGGAGAGUCUCCUGCUGAGGCACGUCAACUAGGAGCUCCCCCGGGUCACCGCUCGGGGGCGUGCCUUUGGCUCACACCUCCAUAGGCUUCGGACAGGGCCACGCCCCCCGGAGUCCUUUAUCGGACCACCCUUCAUUCACUGGGGGGAGGUGAUGGUGUUCCUCCCCCCCCACAUCCUCUUAACCCCUUCUUACCAAUGCCUAACCACCACACGAGCAAUCGCUCGCCGCCAAUACUCUCAUGCCUGAAACCAAUCCCUUAUCCCCUUUGCUAUAUCCAUCAGCCAAAUAUCAUUUCCAGCAUCCGAGAGAUGCACGCCAUCAGCCAAAUAUCAUUUCCCGCAUCCGAAAGAUGCACACCAUCAAGCCGAUAGAGGGCCUCGCGGUUGAAACGUAUGCCCGGGUGGUCAAUGACCCUCCCACCCAGGGCUGCCACUCUACGCACCACCGUCCGAUCCAAGGCUUUCCUAGCCCUAUUUAUGGCUAUCGGGCACCUGCAAUCUCUCCAAACCCGCCUCUCCAUCAACGAGGCCCAAAUAAAAUAAUAGUGACGUUUGGGUAAAAGGCCUUAAGUUCCUCAAAGUCACUAAAGAUAUGCCACAUCAAGUCGACUGCCUUUCUGCAAGCUAACUCAUUUUCGCCUAAUUGGAUAACUAAAGCAUCUGGGGGGCCCUCUGCUGCCGCUCUGGCCCUAAUUGCGGGCAACAUGCCGGCAAGAGAGGACAAGCCCGACCGCGCCGGCCCUAAAUAGGGCAGGCGCCUUCCCCCCAGCCACCCGAUUGGCUGGCUGGGGGGAACAACACGACUGGGAUUCCCCUGCUAUCGCGGGGGCUGAAACCAGCCCGCAACCCCACCUCCUGCUCAGGUUCGGAAGUGGCUUUGUGACACUGUCUGGUACAAUUAAGUGUUCGAGUUGUGGCACCAGAAUACACCUUCAAAAUCCUGUUUUGUUUUGUUUUCCUUUUUUAACUUUCCAUACAACACAUUUUUUAGACUUUGAAUUUAGACAACCACUUACAGUAAAAUAAAAUAGAAAUUAAAACUUACCAAGGGAGAAUAUGAGACUCCCUUUAUAAUAUGACUAUAAUUAACACUGUUGACGUCUUUAAGGAGUCUGAAACAUUCUGUGGCAAUAAAUUGAACACGGGUUAAGGUCAUGUGACAGCUCAGAUUAUCCCAUUCAUUAUACCACAUCUGAUUUAUUGGGAGUAGCAGACAAAUGUAAGAAGAUAUGAUACAUACUCACAUCUUAUAUCCAGCUUUCUGGGAGCUAGGAGGUUAUUAAGCUGAGUUAACUUCUGUGAAAACAGAAUGCUAGACUAGAUAGGCCUUUGGUCUGAUACUAGAGUGGAUCUUCCUGGAUCAAAGCUUUCUCCCCUAUUGUUGUAGGUAUAGGUGGCUUUGACACUGCGUUGGCCACACAGAGUGACAGAAUAUGCUUUGUAACCCUUCCUCCCAAGCUGAGGGAGUGUGACCUAGCUAAAGCUGGCGGGACGGCUUGCUCUAUGCUCUUAAUCCCUUCAUGCAUUAAUUAAAGUUAAACAUGUUGCUUAUGUGAAGCUGACAUCCCACACAGGGAAAUAUAUGAGGUUAUUUUCUUCUAAAAAUAAAUAAAUCAAAUGUCUUUCAUAACAAUAGGUUACUUAGUUUAAAGAAUCAUUAGCCUUCACUUCUUGUUUCAUAAUGAAGCUUGUAAUUCCAUCUUUAUCCCAUGGAUGAAAUUAAAUGGCCUUUCAUAUUUGGACUCUGGAACAUUUCCUCAUUCCUGAAACAGGAAAUAUUUAGUAUAGAUAGAAGGGAUUUGUUUCUACAGAAGCUUUUGGUUAUGUGAGUCUCUUUCUCCCCCAUUUUGAUGUCUUGAUCUUUUUUUCCUAGAUUCCUCCACCUAGCAUUAACUUCACACUCCCAUCCCCAGUUCUGGGAAUGCCAUCCGUCCCCAUGUUCGACCCUCCAUGGGUUCCACAGUGUAGUGGGAGCGUCCAGGACCCAAUUAAUGAAGAUCAAUCCGUAAGUAAAAAAUCUUCUUGAAGUAGGCAUUAUUUUUUGAAUGAUACGCUGCUUGUGAGAAGAGUGAGACAGUCGCAAAACAAGACAUGCAGGUAAAAGGCACCCAAAUAACUGCGUAAGUGUCUUUGAAAUACAUUUUUAGUACAUUUCAUAGCACAUGAAAAAUAAUGUGGGAUGUGGGUUUUUUAAAUCAUUUUAAUGAUUCUCUCAAUACAUGAAUUACUAUUAAUAAUAAUAUUGUAUCAACAAUAUUAAUAGUGUUGGAGAAAAGCAAACAAAUAGCUCUAGGGAUCUUAGAUUAGUAACACAGCCAUAAAAACACAGCCAUUAAAGCAGCUUUUUUAUCCUGAAUAAAAAGACCAAGUCCAGGGACAAAAUAUAAAUACAUUGAAUUCAAGAAAUGCUUUUACUAAAAAGGGAUGGAGCUCAUCAAUAAAAAUUGGUCUAAAUAAAAAUAUUUUACUUUUACAGCAGUCCUCCAGAUGUCCAAUUCCAUACAAUUCCCUCUCCAUGAGAAAGUUCCACUCCAUGGGGAGUGUCUAUAUAUGUAAAGUAUGCACAAGCAGCAUUGAAAAAGCAGAGGCCAAAUCUGCAUCAGAAUGUACAUCUUUGUGGGUGUCUGUUAAGCCAGAACCAAUAUACCCAUGCACAUGGUUAAACCACUUGAGGUAGCCUGCUGCUAUAAUGUGCAUUAGUUUGCAAAAAUACUUUUUCAUGAGGAUAAACACCCAAAAUCUUCUGAAGUUGUUCAGAAAAGCAAGGGUAUUUAAGAAAAUCUGUGGUCUUCCCAUGAAUAUCCAAGAAUGAGGGGAGACAAAGCAAUUACCGUAUUUUUCCGUGUAUAAGAUGCCCCCAUGUAUAAGACAACCCCUACUUUUUGAGCCUGAAAUAAAUAAUUGCAACAUUCCAUGUAUAAGAUGACCCUCAAUUUUAAACAAAAAAAUUGGGGGAAAAUAUACUGUAUUUUUCGCUCUAUAAGACGCACCUGACCAUAAGACACACCUAGUUUUUCAUGGAGGAAAACAAGAAAGCAAUGCAAAACCUCUUGAGCAAAGAGGCAGGAGUGCUCCAGCUGCACUCAAGAGGCUUUGUGUGGCUAUCCCUGAAGCCAGGAGAGCAAGCGGGAUCAGUGCGCACCAAUCCCUCUUGCUCUCCUGGCUUCAGCGAAAGCAGCACAAAGCCUCUUGAGCGAAGAGGGAGUGCUCCUCCCUGAAGCACCACUUUAGCUAAUGGGGCCUCCCACUGCUGCUGCGCCACCGGAGCACAAUUUCUGUUCUCAUCCUGAAGCAAAGUUCUUAACCUGAGGUACUAUUUCUGGGUUAGCGGAGUCUGUAACCUGAAGCGUCUGUAACCCAAGGUACCACUGUACUCAGUGAGGGAAAGUGGACAGGUUUGACACAUUCUCAUUUAUUUGGUUUUAAACAUAUUUUAGGGUUAGUCGGUAUCAAACCUCACUUGGAACUGAAUUCCAAGGGACUAGAACCUUCCUCUGUUUCGACAACCAGUUCUUCCCAUUUUGGGGUCAUUCCUUAGUGAUUUCAGUCAGUGUGAUAAAAUGCUCUAGAGGGCUUUAUAGGAGGAGAUAAAAUGCUCUAGAGGGCUUUAUAGAAGGAAUAACCUUCACCUUGAAUUGAGCCUGGAACCUCUCUUUGACAGCAAGCACCAUUCACAAGUACUAGUUGAACCACCCCAUAACAAACAAACAUGGGAGACAAUACAAUGCAGCAUCUCUGCAUGCAAUGCAGGCAGCAGUGCUGUGAUUUAUAAACCAAUACCAUGGUGCCUACUUCCAUGUAAAGUUGCAUUAGAUUGUUGUAAUAUACCACAUGUAGUAGACAUAGUGUGAACUGGCUACCUUUCUGAUGUACGUAGUCUCUAUUAACAAAUUGCUUCAAAUGUUUCCAUAGGUUAUUAAGGUUGUUAGUAAAUUAUGUCCAUGUUAAAAACUUAAUCAGAAUACUCAUAAACUGCAAAAUGUGGAUGGAUGGAUGAUAAAUAAAAAAUGUGCUGUAUAAAACCCAAGCAAACUCAUUCACAUAGCCUGCCUCCUACCCAAUGGUUUGCUUACAGAAGUCAUUUUCAGCCCGGGCAGUGUCACGUUCUCAUCAGCGAGCAGAACAUAUUCUCAAGAAUCUGCAGCAGGAAGAAGAGAAAAAACGUCUGGGCCGAGAAGCUAGUCUGAUCACUGCUAUCCCCAUCACCCAGGAAGCUUGCUAUGAGCCCAGCUGUUCCCCAAGCGUGGAGCAGGAAGAGGAAGGUGUGAUUACUAGAGUCUGAUAAGGCAAAUGUACUGGGGAUGUAAUAUAAUCUUCAUAAAUUGCUCAUGAUUUUAUUGCAGUAGAGAUAAUUCAAGGUUACAAGGGAGCAAGUGUUGAUUCAAUUGAUGAUUAGAAGUAGGAGCAGCACUUAGUUGCUUUGAGCACAAUUUAUUAGCAUUGUCACCUGUUGAAGUAACCACAAAAAAGACUGAGAGCUUUUUCAAGGUUUGUUGUGAAAUUAGCACAAGAAGACUAGAACAGUCCUCAUUUCCUUAUAUUACUUUAAACAGGAUUGACGUAGCUAUUUUUUUCUUAAAGUAAUUGCCCUUGCUUAUUAAAAAUGGAGUGGGGAAAGUGUUUGUCAGUAAGUAGCAUAUGACAAUAGUCUUUAAAUAUUCAGGGUUGGCAGCAAGGUACUCUGGCAGCCUUGACAGGAUUGACACUCCAGGAAACUGCAUAACCCCAAAAGAAGACAGGAGAAGCUCAGAUUCAGUUGUUUGAGGACUGAGGGGGGUGUUAUAUGGAAGAUGGUGACAAUGGGAGUUUCCUCCUGAAGCAAAUAGAAGCCGUGCCCAAUCCCCAAUCUGGAUCAGAACUGUCCUCAGUGAGAUCUUGAUCUGGAUUGGGAACCACCUGGCUGUUGUUGCCAGCUGGCAUCCAUUUAUCUCCAGGGUUGAAGUCAAACCUUCGGAGAGUUACAGUGCCUGCUUUGGAGACUGAGGCUUGUCUUGUUGCAGCUGGGGCAGAUGAAGGCAUCUGGUUUUGCUGCUAUAGGUGCACCAUGGUGUUUCUUCUCUCUGUGCUCCUCCCAGCAGUCUGGUUGUUUAAAAAGCAUUCAGUCGCUAACAAUUGUUAACAACUUGGAAUAAAAGUCUGACUUGAGUUUUUCACUGUUGAGAUAGGUCAUUACAGUAGUAAUAAUAAUAAUAAUUUUUAUUUAUACCCUGCCCUCCCCAGCCAAGGCCGGGCUCAGGGCAGCUAACAAGCAAUAAUAAAAACAAGUUGAAUGAAUACAACUUAAAAACAAAAUUAAAAUACAACAUUAAAAUAUUGAAACAUUAAAAUAUUAAAAUGUAGCCUCAUCGCAGGAGGAGAAAGGAAAAGAAAAAAGAAAGAGGGGGAGGGAAUCAAAUUGGCUCCAAGCCAAAGGCCAGGCGGAACAACUCUGUUUUACAGGCCCUGCAGAAAGAAAUCAGAUCCUGCAGGGCCCUGGUCUCAUGAGAUAGAGCGUUCCACCAGGCCGGAGCCAGUGUUGAAAAGGCCCUGGCUCUGUUUGAAGCUAAUCUAACUUCCUUAGGGCCCGGGACCACUAGGGUGUUGCUCUUUAUGGACCUUGAGGCUCUCUGUGGGGCAUACCGGGAGAGGCGGUCCGGUAGGUACGAGGGUCCUAGGCCGUGAAGGGGUUUAAAGGUCAAAAGCAGCACCUUAAAUCUGACCCUGUACUCCACCGGGAGCCAGUGCAGCUGGAAAAGCACUGGGUGAAUAUGCUCCCAUGGCAGAGACCCCGUGAGGAGCCUCGCUGCAGCAUUCUGCACCAGCUGGAGUUUCUGGGACAGCUUCAAGGGCAGCCCCACGUAGAGCAAAUUACAGUAGUCAAGCCUGGAGAUGACCAUCGCAUGGAUCACUGUGGCCAGUAGACCAGCAUAGGACUGGGAUUUAGAAACCAAAAUUUACAUCUACUAUUUGUUCCGUCAGUAGAAGAAGUUGCCAACCUGGCGUCCCGCCGUCUCUCUGUAAGCCCAUCCUGCACCUCCAGCACAUCUCACAGGAACUACUCCUUCCGCCGUGGCUCAGUUUGGUCAGUGCGUUCAGCAGUCAGUGCUGAAGGUAAUGCAGUUUAAGACUGGAUAUUGAUCGUCUUGUUAAAUGCCAUAGAUUCUUUCUUGCAUUGAUUAUGUAUUUAUUCAAAGCAUUUAUACCUUCUUCCUCCCAGAGGAAAAGCAAACCAUCUCAGGGACCAGUCGUUAAAGUUACAUGACUGGUUCCGGCAGAGAAGGAGCCCAAUGGAGCUGGUUUCUCAGCAGGGCCAAAGGAAUGACUCUGCUUCCCAUCAAUCCCUCCCCUCAGUCACUGCAGCCUGAUGGAAUGGGUCCUGUCAGGUGACAGGUGAUGGGAGGGAAGAGCCUGGUGGAGCUGCUUUGUCUGUUACAUACAUUUGGCUUUGCUUAUAGCUUGAAUCAGGGAUUUCAUUUAUUUUUAUUUUAUUUAGAACCCAUUGUGUAUUGUGAUAGCAGUCCCAGAGUGGCUUACAUAAAAUGUAGUAUGUAGUAAGACAGGAGGAAUCAAUAUAUUACAUUACUCUCAACAGUCAGAAAAAACCUAAAAUAAUAAGAAUAAACAGGCCCAAAUAUCCUGUAAAUGCCAAAGCAAAAGUGUGAUUCUUUAGCUGGUUCCUAAGCCUCACAGGAGUCAGAACCAGCUGGAUUUCCCUUCAGGGAAGGGAAUUCCAUAAUUGAUGCACCGUCACCAAGAAGGCCCUCCCUCAGUUUACUAUGUAGUAGGGUAACUUACCAUGAGGGCUUCUUUCAUAGAUCUUAACACACUGGCAGGUCUGUAUAGCAGAUCAUGCUCCUUCAGGUAUCUAAGGUACAGUGGUACCUCGGUUUACGAACUUAAUCUGUUCCGGAAGUCCGUUCUUAAACCGAAACCAUUCUUAAACCCAGGCGCGCUUUCCCUAAGGAUGCCUCCAGCUGCCGGUGCCCUUUCACCGUUCGGAUUCCAUUCUUAGACCGAGGUAAAGUUCGCAAACUGGGACACUACUUCCAGUUUUGCGGAUUUCGUAAACCAAAUAGUUCAUAAACAAGGCUGUUCUUAAACUGAGCUACCACUGUAUAUGGUUUCAGUCGAAGGAGUGACAAGCUUCAAUUAUAUUUAUGUAUAAUUUAUGUAUGUGGGGGCUCUUAAGAUCUCGCCAUGCUUUCAAACUCCCUUCUCCUUUUUGAAUGCUUGAAUUAACUUGCAGUCAGUGCUGGAUUAGAUUGCAGUUUGGGAAUGUGUUUCUGUUUCCAUAUUUGCAAUGUUUUCUUAUGGGAAACAGACUCAUUAUUAAGCGGGACUCCAUUUACACUAUAUCUGUUUGUUUUCCCCCCUAGAUGAGGAACACACGACAGAGCACACACCAAAUCAUCAUGUGCCCCAACCCCCACAGGCAGUCUUCCCAGCAUGUAUUUGUGCAGCUGUGCUCCCUAUUGUCCACUUAAUGGAAGAUGGAGAAGUCCGGGAAGAUGGAGUAGCAGGUGUUUUUAGUUUUAAGGGUUUUUAGAAUAAUUAAAAUGAAUGUGACAGUGCAGUAAUUUGGGCUGUGCGAUAAAUUGCCAUAUCGUUCCGGUAUUGAAAUAAUAUUGUGAUAAGUGUUUCAACAAGGCAACAUACUGGUGAACAAAAGGGGGAGACUUAACAGCUUCCCAGGGGGCACCUUACCGAUAAUUUGCAGAUAAUUUGCAGGCACCUUAUCUCCUGCUUUGUUUGCUCUCUCCCUCCUAACCAAUAAGAAAUGAGGACAAGCCCUCACACAAACCAGCAAACUCUUUUCAGCUUCACUGGUAUCUUUACACUUAGAGCUCAGCUAUUGAUUCAGAGCCUGCUAACAAUCCAGGAGGAAACUCCCCCCCCAAAAAAAAAAACAACCCAAAGAAUUGAAAAGCUCUUCUUUCUCCCCUCACACUCAUCCCCACCAGUGGAAAAGAGGGGGGAGAGUUUUUUUUUAAUUUUCUGGUGGUGUUUAUGUUGUUAGCUUUCCUCCAUAUCAAAAAGGAAGGGUUGUGGGUUUUUUGUUUGUUUUUUUAAAGGAGACUAUCUGGAAAGUAGGAUUGCAGCCUAAAACUCUUAAAGCAUUCACCCUCUUUUUAGCACUUAAAAUCAGGAUCUAGCUGGUAGAGAAAUCCUUAUCUUUCUGUUAUAGGCAGAGGGGUUUGUUUUAUUGCCUGAAUUAGGUCAAUUGAUUUGUUGCAUUCUACAAAAUAACUGAAGCAAUUUACAGGAAUAAAUUUUAUAUAAUCCCACGGUUGGUUCCAUAAAUGGAUUGUUAGGGCAUAACAGCCAUUUAAAGUAUCAUUUUCUCAUGUUGUAACUGGAGCAUGCAUUUGCCUCCUUGAUUCCUAGCACUUAGUGUGCUUUUGAAGUUUUUAGGACUACUGUUACUGUAUUCAAAAGUUUCCUAUUUCCAGGUUCCAUAUUUCACUAAAUAAGCAGUAAUUAAGUAAAAGUAAAAUAUUGUAGAAGGAUCAUUGCCAUAGCAAAGAUAUCACUAUAUAAUGUAGUGCUAUAAGGCUGCAGUCCUAAUAUAACAUAACAGUCCUGUAUUAUAUAACAGAAGUAAAUUCUGUUAUAUUUAGUGGGACUUAUUUCCAAGUAGACCUGUAUAGAAUUGCACUGCAAAUGUGGAACUUCCACUUCAGGCAGUUGUAGAAUAGCAAUGCCUCAGCUGUUCUAAAGAUCUUUAUUGGGAAGCAACUUAAGUUUUGCAUGGAAAGGUGCCAUCAGAUGGCUCAUAAUUUAAAAUAAACACAAAGAAUUGGUUAUGUUCAGAAGAGAGAAGUAAACUAAAAAAUCAAGUUGAUUUUAGACUCACAAGGCUAGGUGGGACCUGGCCUAGCUAAAGAAAAAAAUGUGAACCAUUAGUUAUUGCCAUGUGACAUUUACUUUUUCCUGAAAUGGGGCCCAGACUAGCCCUCUCCUUUUGUCUUGUGCAGUGAGUGCCGUGGCUCAGCAAGUCCUGUGGAACUGUCUCAUUGAAGAUCCUUCUACAGUUCUUCGGCAUUUUCUGGAGAAACUUACGAUCAGCAAUCGACAGGUAGAGACUCUGUUUUCUAGUAUACAAUUAAAAUUAAUGUACCAGUGGAACUUCUUGUAUGUCUUUGUAAUGUUAUAUUGUCAAUGGGUACAUAAGAAGAUACCUUUGAAACAAGGAUGGCUGGGGAACUUCUGGGAAAUAAUUUUAUUAGUGAAACUCACAGCUUUCAGGUUUAUUUGAACAUGUUAAUGAAAUAUGGAGUUCAGUAGCUGUUUCAUAAGCAACUCUUUGUCACUGAGCUAUGACCAAUGGUUAAACCCAUUGCUAUUUUUCUAGAAAAAGAGCUGCUAGAACUCACCAUGAACACCUCCCUUGUUCUCUUAGAAAAACAAUGGUGCCCACCUGAGAGGUGUUGGAACUGAGUUCUGGCUGGAAAAAAGCCCUGGUCAAACCUCAUAUUCUGCCUUUUGAAAACAUAUUUAUCUUAGAGAAAUGUUACCUUCAUAUGAAGGUUUUAACUUUUAUGUGUUGAUACUAGUAUCAAAUACAUUUAUUUAUUUAUUAUUUUUUUAAAUGCCCCAAACACUUUGAGACAAGACUAGGGUACAUAGCUGUACCUUCAUUCCAGGUUUUAUGGAUUUCCAGUUUAGUUAACAUGAAAGUGAAUGACUGGGAAGCCUGUCCAGCUGGCAGGGGUGGAAGUUGGGUACAAUAAUUUAUCCUAGUAGAAGCCGUGAAGUUAACCAAUGGAAGGUAUUCAUAUGUAUUUGUGGAGUGGAUCCUUUUUGAUGAAAAGAGUAAAAGUGAGUUAAAUUUUGAGAAGAAAGUAAGAAAGCUGAAAAGCAAAUUCUGCUCUUAUUCUAGGAUGAGUUGAUGUACAUGUUGAGGAAACUUCUGCUCAACAUUGGAGACUUCCCUGCCCAGACAUCCCAUAUUCUAUUUAAUUACUUGGUAAGCUGUUCUGAGUCCCUUGCAGAGCCAAAACUGUAACCAUUAUUUACACAUUUCUCCAAAAUAUAAACACUGGUCUGAUUUGCACCUCCCUAAACCCAAGAAAAGACUUGCUGGGUGUUCCCAAAGUGUAAUAAAGGCAAAAUACAGUUGGCUGAUAUUGUGGUGUUGGUUCUGAUGCCCAUAGUCCUGUGACUAAGAAAUAGAAAUACAGGAAUCAAAACAAAGUGGACCUGAAAUAUGAUUUAACAUUACUGAGAGAUGAUCACUAAAGAUUCAAAAGUUUGUGAAAGAACAGGGUCACUGCUGUUGCUAGUCAGACAAAGUCUUCAUAGCUACAUGAAUCUCACUCAUCAGGCUAGGGGCAAGUUAGAACUCUUUCUCUUGACUGAAUCACAGCAUAUAGAAAACUAGAUGGGAAGACUCAGUCAAGAGGCUCUUUCAAGCAGCAACACGUGUUCCCUGAGGGGACUUCACAUUCAUUAUUAUUAUUUUGUUUAUACACUGCUUGAUUGUAAAAAUCCUCAAAGCAAUUUACGAAAAGGUAAAAUAAUAAAAUUGAGAAAAAUAAUAAAACUGAGAAAACAAGUUAAAAUUCUAAAAUAGAUUAAAAUUACCUCAGCUUUCUAAGCAUCUGGUAGGCCUGCUAUAAAAUAAGAAAGUUUUAUAGCAGGCGCCAAAAAGAAUACAGUGAAGACGCCUGCUUGAUCUCAAUAGGCAGGGAGUUCCAAAGUGCAAUACAUUAUACUUUGAAACUGAGGAUCUCUAGAGCAGGGCUAAUAUGUGCCUAACUGGUGCUCUUUGCAGAACUAAGCCAAAUGCAGCCUGUAUCUUUGUGAUUCAUAGGUGGGACUGAUCAUGUAUUUUGUGCGCACGCCAUGUGAGUGGGGCAUGGAUGCUAUUUCCGCGACUCUGACUUUCCUGUGGGAAGUUGUAGGAUAUGUAGAAGGACUAUUCUUCAAGGAUCUCAAACAGACUAUGAAGAAGGAACAAUGCGAAGUGAAGCUUCUGGUUACUGCCUCAAUGCCUGGUAUGGAAUUCACUAUACAGUACAUAGACGGGGGCCUUUUAGCCGAAUUUGCUUCUUAUAUUUACUUUUUGCUGCUGCAGCACUGCUGUGUUUCUUUCUCAUUAUUUUUGAUGGUCUCCUUUUAAUUAAACAAUUCAAAGUCAAUUCUCUUAAAAAAUUAAUUUCCAGUUUUAAAAUUUAAAGUAGGGUUUUAAAAUACAAUUAUUAUUAAUAAUAAUUUAAAAGCUAAACUAAACUAAAUAUGCCCCCACAAAGGACUUGGUAGGUCAGUGAUGGGCACUCUCUUUGGCUGAUCAGGCCACUUCCCCACCCUCUUCCAACUCCACUGGGGGGGGGGGGUUGACCAGAGCGGGUGUAUCAGCCACAACAUUUGGAGAACUGGUACCCAUCUGCAAAAACGACAUUUUAUUGCAGUGUCCUGCAUGACACACAAAGACUCACCAACCUUCAAAGCUUGUAUGCUGGAUUCCUGCCAGAAAUAACCAUGGGUUGCAAUAUACAGUAUGUCCUUGUGAGUUCUCUGUUAGCCGUGUCUGCUGUAGUGUGAACAAACAAAGACACUGAUCCAAAAAUCAUCCUUUUUAACACCCCCCCAAGUUCUCAAAUAUUAUUAUUUUUCUUAGAGUAUCCCCUGAGGAUUCAUAAAAUAUUAACCACAAACACUUCCUAGCUGUUGAUGUCUCUGAACAAAAGAUUGCUGUCUACACAAUAGAGCCAGCAUUGUGUCACAGUUAGCCAUGAAACACACUGUGUGACUUGGAGCCAAUCAUUCUCUCUAAGCCUAACCUACCUAUAGAAUUGUAGAGUUGGAAGAGACCCUGAGGGUCAUCUAGUCUUAACCCCCUGCAAUGCAAUAAUCUCAACUAAAGCAUCUAUAUUUCACAGGGUUCUUGUGAGAAUAACAUGGGGGGGGGGCAUGUAUAGUUCCAUGGGUUCUGUGGAGAAAGGGCAGGAUAUAAAUAUAAACUGAAAUAUAUACACUGAACAGUGGCUUUGAAAUAGUACUUUAUUCCCCCCCCCCCUUUUUCUUUUUCUAACAACCAUGUAUGCAAGGGUUAAUAUUACCAGUAGUGUUGGUCUUUUGUAGUCUGGUAUAGUAUAUUAGGACAUUAAAUUAUACUAAUUACAUUGGACGUUGUAUUAUACUAAUUAUAUUAGGACAAUAUUAUAUUAUAUUUUUUGUAGGCACCAAGACCCUUGUAGUUCAUGGGCAAAAUGAAUGUGAUAUCCCAACUCAGUUACCAGUCCAUGAGGACACUCAGUUUGAAGCUCUGUUAAAGGUCUGAAUACUAUUUUAUUAAAACAAUUCAGAACAAUGUUUUGAUGCCUAUAUUUUCAAAUCCACCAGUAUUAUGGAAGUAAUGAAAUAUGAAGCUUCAUUUUUCUGUGAAUUAUUUGUCCCGGUGUCAACUUAGAUGUGUAAAGACUGGACUUGUAAAAGCAUGAUUUUCCUCCAGUGUAUGGGGCAAAGAAAUAGAGUAAAUAAAACAAAAUUGUAUUCAACAUUAACAUGCCAACAUGGCUGAAACCAGGCAGCUCUUAUCCUAAGCAGAAGGAAUUGUUUAAGGACAUGAAGGGAUUCCCAGCUACCACCCUACUUGUGCCUUAUAUUCACAAGAAUGACCAAUAAAAUACUUGCAGAAUUACAUCAGUUAAUAUAACUUUUUAAAAAGAAUCUCCAGUAUUUCAGAUCUGAAGCAAAUACUUUCAUCCUCUUGAAAAACUAUGCAGUUUUUAAAAUCCCCCUUUCUACAGGCAGUGGUUUAUAGAGAUGAGAUGUGAUCGCAGGAGGAAUUUAGAGUCUAAAAUAGAUAGCUUUCUUGAAUGAAAAAGUAUUCUGGAACCCAAAUAAUAUAUUUUAAAUUAUGUCCUGUAUGAUUUGCUCAAAAGAUAACAGCUGUUGCUUAUUUCUUUCCACUUCAGGAGUGUUUGGAAUUUUUUAACAUAUCUGAAUCCCAAUCUUCCAACUAUUUCUUAAUGGAUAAACGAUGGAAUCUUAUUCAUUAUAAUAAGGUGAGACAAUGUUUUGUGAGCUGAUUUCAUGCAUUCAUUGCUAUUGUAAAGGUAAAGGUAAAGGGACCCCUGACCAUUAGGUCCAGUUGUGACCGACUCUGGGGUUGCGGCGCUCAUCUCGCUUUACUGGCCGAGGGAGCCGGCGUUUGUCCACAGACAGCUUCCAGGUCAUGUGGCCAGCAUGACUAAGCCGCUUAUGGCGAACCAGAGCAGCGCACGGAAACACCGUUUACCUUCCCGCCGGAGCGGUACCUAUUUAUCUACUUGCACUUUGACGUCCUUUCAAACUGCUAGGUUGGCAGGAGCAGGGACUGAGCAACGAGAGCUCACCCCGUUGUGGGGAUUCGAACCGCCGACCUUCUGAUCGGCAGGUCCUAGGCUCUGUGGUUUAACCCACAGCGCCACCCGCCUCCCCUUCAUUGCUAUUGACAACUGUGCUUUUCUAUGUAGAUUGCACCAUCUUGGAAAAAGAUGUGUUACAAGAAAUAUUUUGUCUUGCAAUUUUAAAAUUUUGGAGUAAAGAGCAUUCAUCCAGUUUUAGAGUCAGAAACAUGGAUGAUUCACCUAGGUGUUGUUGUUGUUUUUAAUGCACAGACAUUAGAUGAGUAACCACAGAUAGCACAGCAUUCAGCUACUACUAAAGAACAUUCAUUAUUACUGCUGUGAUUAAAAUUGCAUUAUUUUAUUGGUAAAAUAUAUUUCUUUUCCCCCCCCCAUUCCACUUCAGACCUAUGUCCGUGAUAUUUAUCCAUUUCGAAGAUCAGUAUCUCCCCAGUUGAAUUUGGUACACAUGAACCCAGAAAGGGGCCAAGAACUCAUUCAGAAACAGGUAUUCUGUCCCCCUGCCAAUAGCUGUGCAUCUAUUAUUACUUGCUUUAGGCUAGGGGUAUAAGUGGAGCAAAGCAUCUGUUAACUAGGUGUCAGAUUCAAGACCUAAUUGUGGGUGUGUUUUUGGACACUAGUGUUCCUGUGUCAAUGUAUACAUUUUAUGUGUGCAUACACAAUUUCAGACUCUUUCUUUGGCUGUUUUACCAGGUGUUCACACGCAAGCUUGAAGAAGUGGGUCGGGUUCUGUUCCUCAUUUCUCUGACCCAGAAGAUCCCCGUUGCUCACAAACAGUCUCAUGUGUCUCUGUUGCAAGAAGACCUUCUCCGCUUGCCCUCUUUCCCUCGCAGCGCCAUUGAUGCUGAGUUCUCACUCUUCAGUGAUCCACAAGGUACUACAAGGAGAAAGCCUUUGGCUGCAACUCCAGUAGCUCUGUUUUGCUGACUGAGUACACUAAAAUGCCAAUUGAUAACAUUAAUAUUUAUUAUAAUAUAAAGACUCUCCUCCCUGGAAGAGAGGGGAGUGGUUGUGGGCGGGAGCCCGAGCACCGCCCCUAGCAGGGGGCAUUAGCCCCCUGCCUCCUCCUCUCACCUGGCUGGUGCCCACGCCCCCUCGGCAGGCAUCCAACAAGGUGCCUUCGAGGGGGCGUGUUCAGCAGCCUUUUGCGGCAGUGCCAGCCUCUCCUCGGCCUCAUUCUUCUCCAUCCUCUCGUCGCGAGUCACCCACCCUCCACUCCCUUUUAGCUCAGGGUCUUUGUUCUUUGGCCUUGCUAUGGACCUUAGGUUGGUCGCCCUGGUUGUCUAGGGGGCCUGGUAGGAAUUUUUCCAUUUGGCAUUAGGCUUUUUGGUUUUUUUCGCCUACCUCGUAGCAAUCGUCACAACUUUUUGUGGUAUUGGUGGGUAGGUUAGGCAUUGGAAUAAUGUGUUGUGGUGUGUCGAAGGGCUGGGUGUGGCCAUCGCCUAUGCCUUCAAUUUUUGGGUAUUCCGUUAAAGGAAUCUGGCGGUCGUGUACUCUGUCCGAAGCCUGCUUGGCGGGAGGCCAUGGCACGACCCCCGGUGACAUUAGGGGAGAGCCUAUAGUUGGAUUAGCAUCAACAGGCUCCACCUACUGGUGAAUAAACCCCCUUGUUUUAGACAUCCAAUGCCUAAGCCAAUACCUUUUCACUGCUGUAAUCAAUAAAGUUGUGGCCUUUUCUUGCCCAUUAACCUUAUAUCACGUGUCCUUGUGUAUUUAUUUCACAUCGCGGGGGUCGGGUCCUCGAACCACAACAAGGUUAUUUUCAGAUCAGAAAGAUGUAAGUUAAAGGAUCUAGUGGUGUGUUUGAUUAUCUAAUAUGUAAACAAAGCAGCCACUACAUUUCCCCACCCGCCGUCAGCAUAUCUGCAGAGGCAAUGGUUCACAGUGGAGAUUUUCCUUGGAAUGUCAGGUGUUUAUUCAUCUUUGAGGCAAGCUGCUGUGUUUGAAACUCAUGUUGCUCACCUUGUUCUUAUAGCUGGAAAGGAGCUAUUUGGCCUUGACACCCUUCAGAAAAGCCUCUGGAUUAAACUGCUAGAGGAGAUGUUUCUCGGGAUGCCUAGUGAAUUUCCCUGGGGGGAUGAAAUUAUGCUCUUCCUCAACGUAUUCAAUGGAGCCCUGAUCCUGCACCCUGAGGACAGUGCCCUGUUGAGGCAAUAUGCUGCCACUGUCAUCAACACAGCCGUACAUUUCAACCACCUCUUCUCUCUCAGUGGGUACCAGUGGAUUCUCCCCACUAUGCUCCAGGUGAGUCUCUCACCAGAGAGAAAUGAACAGGCCUGAACUAGCCAUGAAGUCAAUUCUGCAACUGUGAAGGGCCCUGAUCAAGCUGGAAAGUCCUGUUAUGUUAAACUUGCCGUGGAAUUUUAGAGUGUGACUUUGCAAUGGGUCAUCAUGCCUAUCAAUCAAAUAGUACCUUUAGUGUUUUCUCUCUGUCCAGGUAUAUGCUGACUACGAAAGCAACCCACAGCUCCGUCAAGCAAUUGAGUUUGCCUGCCGUCAAUUUUACAUUCUACAUCGUAAGCCCUUUGUACUACAAUUGUUUGCCAGUGUGGCUCCUCUCUUGGAGUUUCCUGUGAGUACAAAUGGAUUCCCAACAACUUUCCCCUCCCUCCAAGAUUUUAAAGAUGACUCAUGGUGCACGCACUUGCAAAACUCUCUCAUCUUGUGGGAAUGUCAAGCUUGCAAGCGCAUGUUCCAUUGCGGGGUGGGGUGGGGGGAGGGGUUCCUGCUCCCAUAUACAAAUGCAGCACCUAAUUCUAGGUGACAGGGCUGCAUCUUCCUGUUCAAUCUCCUGUUCGGUUGCUGCCACCUCCUGUUCAGCAUCCCAUAUUGGCUGAUCAAAGCACUCCCCAACUUCCAUUGAGGCUCUCACAAAGCAUGAUCUGGCAUCCCCGCUUCUCCUGUGAAAUGGCUGAAGUUGGGGCGGAAAAGGUAAUCUGCCCUCCUUCAACCCAGGUUCCCACAGUUCAGCCAUCUCUCUGUCUGUUCUUCCUCCUCCUCUGCUUGGGCCUACCAAUCCCAGCCUGAUCCUGACAGUGCUGUGGGGCUCAUGGAACUGACUUCCUGAUCUUUCACAGGAAAGUGUUGUUCAGUAUAUCUCUCAGAAAUUUAGACCACCUUGGGGGGGGGGCGGGAUCUCCAUUUUCCACAUGUAACAUACAAUCACCCUGUAGUACUGGAUUCAAGCUAGUAGAAUUUUUGUAAAACAUGUCACUAUAUACAUAUGAUGCUACUUCCAUCUGUAAGUGUAACAAAAUGUAAAUGGAACCUGAAAAUCAGAAUUACAUUUAUUUUUUGAAAUGCAGGAUGCAACAAACAAUGCACCCAGCAAAGGCGUAUCGGCUCAGUGCCUGUUUGAUCUGCUGCAGUCCUUAGAAGGAGACACUCCUGACAACCUGGACAUUCUGGAACUAGUGAAAGCAGAAAAGCCUCUAAAAUCAUUAGGUAUUCCAAAGUUUCUUUGAAUUAGCUUUUUUAUGAAAUAAAUAUGUCUUUUCUGUUAACCUUUGAACAUACUUCAGCUUCAACUCUUAUUAUUUAUUUAGGUUUAAAAUGCCAAUGUGUUCACCCCACUUUAUCAGCAUGAAGGACAUUAUUUAUAUAAUUAUUUAUAGAUGGCCUUUUGGCAGUCCAAGGCAGUACACAAAACUGUUUAUAAAGCAUUAAAAAUACAAUAGUUAUUGUCUGCCACAAUUUGUCCAUUCAUCCAACCUUUGUUUUGGGCAGACUCCCAAAACCUGCCCAUUGCAAUACACACAAACUCUCCCAUAAUAGCAAACACCUGCCUGUCCUCCUGAAGCACAGUGAGGCUUCUUUCAAGCCUCUACAUUCUCAACCCCCUGCCUCCUUAACUCUAAAAGUAAGCAUCGCUGCAGCAGUGGCACAGGUGAUGUCAUAGUCACUCCAGGAAAAAUGUCUUGUUCUGAGGGCCUGCUCAGAGCAAGGCAGGAGCUGGAUACAAGAGGUCUUGCUGUUCGGUGGGCAGCAGCAGCAGGACUUGUUGGCAACCAGUGGUGGGCCCAAGCGCUCAAUAUGCCACCGCGCCUGCCCACCUCCUGAGGCAGUUUGCCUAGUGGAAGGGCUGGCAUUUUCCUUGUGAGAAAACAGUUUCCUUGCUGAACUGUUGUUCAGCAGCUGAAGUGCUUCUGACAUGCACAGUUUCAGCUGCCAUGACAAUUCCGAUUGACAAACCUUUUCCAAACCAUUUUGCACAGGGAUGGAGAACUUGUGAACCUCCAUAUGUUGUUGGGCUCCAGCUGCCAUCAUGCCCGACCAUUAGCACUGCUUGCUGGAGCUGAUGGGAGAGUCCAACAAUGUCUGAAUGGGAGCCAGCUAACUUGCACCAGAGCGCAGGAGCCAAAAUAGGACAACCUGGGAUCCAAUCAGAAGUCUGGAUAACUUCUGUAAUUCUGGGGUGUCCUGCUCAAAGUAGGAUAGCUGAGAAGUAUGCAACAUCGGACAUGGUGCCUAGGAGCCAUCACUGUUAGCAGGAAGGAAGUGAGCAGGGAAGGGAGGAUUUGUUUGCUCUGAUCUCACUGCAGCAGCAUCUUGCCCUGGCAGUGCUAAGGAGAUUGCUAAGGCCAAAAGUCUGUUGUGGGUGGGUGUAUUUAAUUUUGCUAACUUAUGUGCUAACUAACCAGCCAAUACCAGCUGCAAUAUAUUUAGGUUAAUAACCAAACCUAUUGCUAAAGUUCAUUGUAGGUCAAAUGUACUCUUGUGCCAUUAUUAUCAUCAUAAAAAACCUUCAGGGAUAAAUCCUAUUAUACAAAUCAAGAUCUGCAAUAGAAAGAGAAUUACUUGCCUAAGAAAUCAUGGUGAGCGGGUGGCUAAGCCCACAGAAUAUCGGAUUACAGUUCAGUAAUCAAUUUACUGGGCUGCUGUUGAUUUGUUGAAUAGAUCUCUCCUCCUUAUUGCGUCACCCCCAUUUCACAGAACUUAUAAUCUACUCCCCCCCCCCUUUACAGAUUUCUGCUACGGCAACGAGGACCUGACUUUUUCCAUCAGCGAGGCCAUAAAGUUAUGUGUAACAGUUGUUGCAUAUGCCCCUGAGUCAUUCAGAAGGUAACCUAUGUUUUGGGGUUGGAGUUUGAGUGCAUUUGCAAAUAAAACUCUGAUGGCAUGAGCCUAGCAGAAAGAGAGAGAGUGGUACCUUGAUUCCCAAACUUAAUCCAUUCCGGAAGUCCGUUCCAAAACCAAGGCGUACUUUCCCAUAGAAAGUAAUGCAAAAUGGAUUAAUCCGUUCCAGACUUUUAAAAACAACCCCUAAAACAGCAAUUUAACAUUACUUUUACUAUCUAACAAGACCAUUGAUCCAUAAAAUGAAAGCAAUAAACCAGGCUGCAAUCUACUACCCAGUAUCAAAAACUGGCAGUGAUCUACCCAUUGUCUUUGGAGGGAUGAGGAGUGUGCACCAGGUGCAUGAAGGGGGAGUUCAAGGGGGGGAGGAAAGGCCAAAAAAAACUCUGAGGAGCCAGUCGGCUUCUCUCCCCACCCCACCGCCAGCCCUUUCUCCCCCCUAAAGCUGCUUCUCCCCCCCCCAGCCCUUCUGGAUCCCUCCCCUCCCCAUCCAGCACCUUCUCCAGGGCUGGCAUGAGCAGCCUCCACCACUUGGGCAUGUUCUCCUCACUGAAGAACUCAUCCUGCAGCAGCAGCACCUGCAUCCUGCCCGUGCCGCCCCACGCCCUGUGAGGGGAAGCGGCAGCAGUCACUGCUGGGGCCUAGCUGCUUAGCAUUGCUCUGGGGCCUGGAGCAGCGGCCAUGGGUGACACCUGGUACCGGAGGAGCGGGCGGUUGAUGCUGCAGUGGCAAUGGUGGCGGAGGGACCCAGCCCUGGGGGGUGGCGACAUCCCUUGCCCGCUCGCUUGCCGCCCGGUGCUGGGUCCCUCCUCCACCUUUGCCGCCACUGCAGCAUCAACCACUCCCACCUCCAAUUCCGGAUGUUGCCUGCUGCCGCCGUGACCCCAGCACUGAGUCAGGGAAGGCCGGGCCAGGCGGCCAGAGAGCAGGCAACAGAAGUGUGGCACUCAAAAUGGAAGUGCAACACUCAGAAUGGAGCAUGUUUGGAUCCAAAAAAAGUUUUUCAAACCAGAACACCUACUACCGUUUUUGUGGUGUACGAAUUCCAAGUUGUUUGUGAACUAAGCUGUUCAAAAACUGAGGUACCACUGUAUGUCUCCUUUUUAAAAAAGUAUAAUAUGGGCAACUUUCCAAAGUUGCCUUUUUAAAAAGUUUUAAAUGGUGUGCAUAUUUCUAGGGAAUAGAAGAGCUGUUCAGGAGUUGAAGUUGUGUUUGCUUCUCAGACUGUCAGUUGCUUUGAAGACCAUAUGCCUAGGAUUGUGCUUGUGCACUGCUUGCUGUACUUCAGUAAACAUGACAUAGCACCCAACAUAUGCACAUGGCUCCUCUUGUUGGAUCGUGAAACGUUUUUUAGAGCUGACAUUUUACUCUUAGCACCUACCCUGAUUGUUUCAGGUAGGCUGCCUGCUUUUUAACAGUGCAGUGCAUUUUUAUUCAAUUAAACAUUUGUUUAAUUAUUAAUACUAGAAUCAUAAUUUCUUUAAUUAUUAAACUGUUAAACUCAAAAUAUUGCUCCAAGGAAGCUAUCCAAGCCUGUCAGUGCUGUCCGAAGAAGCAGGGAGCGAGUUAUAUGCUUGUUCAAAUUAUUAGAAUUCUGUAUGCUUGGGUGCACCCUUGGUUUGAUUGAUUUCAUCCUCACGUGAUGCACAUGGGCUCAGUCUUCAGAUGCUGAUGGUCCUUGAAGCCCUGGUUCCCUGUUACCUGCAGAGGCUUAAGAGGCAAACUUCCCAAGUGGAGACAGUGACAGCGGCUCGAGAGGAGAUUGCUGCUACAGCUGCUCUUGCUACAUCCUUACAAGCCCUCUUGUACAGUGUAGAAGUUCUUACCAGGUGAGCUGCUCCACUUUUGUGACUGUGACCAUGGAGAACAUAGGAAGUGAAGAACACAAGAACAUUAUUUCAUGUUAGUCCCUGUUGUAAAAGUUGAUAGGUGUUCUUUCAUGAGGACUGAUUUGAAUUGCCAAAGGAGAAUUCAGAUCAGCACAAUCUUCAAAUAUGAUACAAAAAGUGUGGGGUGUUUUAUUUCAAUAUUUAAUUAGCAAAAUCUGUUUAGGUGAAAAACUUGAGGUCAAAAGCAAAUACUGGACCUUGAUCACAGCAUUUGGGUGAUAAAAAUUCACAUUUCUGUGGUAAAUGCAAAAAUUGUCACCAAGAUAUUAGUUUUUGACCCUGCCUUUUUUCCCCAUUAAACAGGCCAAUGACUGCCCCUCAGAUGAGUCGCUGUGAUCAAGGCCAUAAAGGAACCACUACUGCUAACCAUACUAUGUCGUCUGGAACAAAUACUAGGUAAUUAACUGGGGCUGUCCUAUGACUUGCUGAUCCAAGCUCCAGUUCCUAACGUUCCUGAUGAUAUUGUAUGCGUGUGCACAUAGUUUCAUGGGGAAACAUGGAGUUUGGGACUAUGGCUUUGGGAGAAGAACAUAAGAAUUGCCUUGCUGGAUCAAGCCAAAGGCCCAUCUUUCCCAAUUUCUUUUGUUUCCAGCAGUAGCCUGCCCAAUACUCACAGGAAACUUGCAAGCACAACAUGAAAGAGAAGACAAUUAUAUGUUGUUAUCUGUUUACAGCACCUGGAGAGCAGAGCUAGACUGCAUGUGUGUGUAGAGGAGGUUCCUUGUUUCCCCAUGAAACUGUAUACACACACAACAUACAUAGGGUCCAGUAAUCCUACCCACCCCACGUCCCUCCCCAUGACAAGAGGGGAUCUAAGUUCUACUGAGCAAGAUGGACCUCAGGCUAGAGCUCCAGGCAGAGGCAAACCAAUGUGCCUCUCCCUCUCCCCUUCUGCAUUAAGCUGAAGACAGGAGGCUGAGUCAUGUGGGCUUCCUUCUGUGCCUAAGAGCAUUCCAAACUCAGAGCAUCCAUUGGGUGCAGAUGCGAUCUUCUAUGCCUCUGCCACCCACCUCUGCUCUUGGCUGAAGGCUGGCUGCUUUGCCUGAGCACUGUUCAGGAACAACCACUGCAGGUGCUCAGAGCACCUGUUGGGCACUGAACCAAAGCAAUCCAAUACCUCUCCACCUGCCCCCAUCACCUCUAAUGUGAAGGCUUGCCUCUGCACUUGAUGGGGUAUUCUGAGUUUAGAACACCCGUUGGGCACAGAGGCAGAGCAUUUAUGGAUUGGAGUUCAUGCACAGACAACUCCAUUGAAGUGUUACACCCAUGCAUGGAUGUCAGGUGGUGUCAAAACAGAAUAAGUGUGUUGGGAGGGAAGGCAUGCUCACCACAUGCAGUGGGAGCAUUGUCUGAAGGGGUCCAAAGUGUAUUUAAGGUCCUCAGUCUUUUCCCUUAUACCAUUUUCCCUCUGUAUUUCUAGAUACCCAGAUCAAGGAGCCAAACUGCACUUUAUCAGGUACUGUAAGUUUGCCACCCAUUCUCCUUAGCAUUUGUGAUGAACACCUCUGCAGUUUUCUCUCUCCCUGGGUUCCAAUGUCAACAAUUUGCUACAAGGGGAAAUCGACAAUAGACUUUUUAUCUCUAUCUAGUCUCCCUAGCUGCUCACUCUUCAUUUUCUGUCGAUUGCCAAGCCAUGAUUUUCAUGGGUUCAAAAGGAGGCGUUCGUUAUAAUCUUUUAUUUUAUCAGUGCAUUUUCUCUGUUUGCACCUUCAUAUUCUGCAUCUUUCCCUUCAGGGAAAACCUUCACUUGCUGGAGGAAGGCCAAGGCAUUCAGCGCGAGGAGCUAGAUGAACGCAUUGCUAGGGAGGAGUUCAGGAGACCCCGUGAGUCCCUGUUGAAUAUCUGUACUGAGUUCUAUAAACACUGUGGCCCCAGACUGAAGAUUUUGCAGAACCUAGCUGGAGAGCCCAGAGUGACUUCCUUAGAGCUGUUGGAUGUUAAGUCUCAUAUGAGGUAUUAUUUUAAUAACACAUUAAGUAUAUGUCUGAAAUAUGUACAGUAUAUAUAUGAAAUAUGUAAAACAUAUAUCAAACUGUUGAAGCAUAUAUGGUAAUAUAUUGCAGGAGCUUUAUUUAAUGUUAUCACAACACCUUUAUGGAGAAUCCUAAAGCUUUUGACAACAGACAAGCUCAUGCAUAAACCAAAUCAUGGCUAAGCAUAAACGUGUGUGUGCGUUGCCCAUCCCUUGGUCCUGCUGCUGCUGCACAACCUGGAGCUAGGCCAUAGUUUGGCUUUGUGUUACACCCAGACUUGUUCAUUUGCAAGCACCUUGUAUUGCUUUAGCUGAAACCGUUAUCCCCACCUAAAGUAUGGUGUUGAGUUCUGGGUUAGCCUAGAGAAGGGAAGAUUAAAGGGAGGCAGUAUAGGCAUGCAGAAGAAGGAGCAGGCUUGUCGUCUUUUGUUCCGGGGGCAGGAUUUGAACCUGUGGAUGGAAAUUUACAAAAAAACAUUUAGCAUUAAAAGCUCAGCUAGAGUUGGUAGUUCAAAAGGAGAAACCAUGUGGAAUUAGUAAGAUGUAUUUAUCAGAAAUAACAGGUUAUCAUAGCUCAGUUUAUUAAGCCUAAAUAUGUACACAAGCUUCCUGCUUGUGCACAGAACCUAUUUGCCCCUUCUGUCAUGUGACCCAUAAUAAAAGAAGGAAACUACUAAUUAACCUUAGUGUCCGCUGUUGUCUGAAGUAGGAAAUUGUAUACUAGCGUUGCAGCAAGCCAGGUUGUUAAUACAUCAAGUGCAAACUAUAUUUUAAUAUCCUGGCUUUUUCUGACGCUGUUAACCAUAGGUUUCCAUUUUGGAUGAAAUAGGAAACUAUGAUUAUUUAGAGGCUUCCUUUUUUAAUUGCAGCUCAUGGCAAAGGGCUUACAAUUUCAGGCAAACAGCUGGUGCAUAUUUUAGUUUAUAUAGCUAUCUAUAUCUCCAUCAAAUCUGGCACCCAUGUUUAGCACUUAUUUGUAAUAUCAGGGGAAGAGAGCCCUUGACCUUGUUACUUGUAAUCCUUGGGUAGUUGAUCUGUGCAUUUUUGGAUCCUACAUGUGGUUGUUUUAUAGCUGUUUUUACAACUACAGGAUGGAGUUCAAGAGGUUUCUCACUUUCUUCAUGACCUGCUGAUACAUUGUUACUCAAUAUAUGCCAUUGAUUUAUGAUUUUUUAAGUUGUGUCUCCAGUUGAAUUAGUGUAAUACUUACCUUGGCUGUGGAAACAAAUAGCUGCUUCUAUUGUGGUUGAGGUUCCUCAUGUAAACAUUUUAAAAGCAAGUUCUCUCAGUGAUUGCAGCUUCAUGAAAGUUUGGUCUGUGUAUUUUAACAGCUUCACUUACUUUAGUCUUUAUGAAUAUCAAGAACUAAAACUGAGCUGAGGCUGUUUUGAAACUUGUUACGAAAAAUGAUAGAAAGACAUGCAUAGGACAUUUUCUUGCUGAGCCACUCAGACAUUGUCUGGAGCAAAGUGAAACUGAUGGUGCACUCAUAGGUUUAAGUCUCUCAAGUUUUUAUGUUCCUUUAGUUUUGCCAUGGAGGGUUGCAGUAGUGACCAGCCCAUUGCCCACAGCCAUUUUCUGCAGCCCACCAAGCCUUAGAGAGCGCCACUCAUUUUUCACUACUGCCCAUCAACUGGGCUCUGGGGGGUAGGUAGCAUGGGGGAGGGUAGUGAUCUUCUGUGCAUUGGGAAGGAUCGCUGUCCCGUGCUUUUAUCUCCCCACUUCAGUUGUGCCCCCCAACCACAAACAGCUAGGCUUGGGAAGCACAAAUUCAAUGGUGCUAUGCGUUCUCAGGGAGGCUCCUCCCUGUGUUUCUAUCCACCCAUGUGGGGUAUGUGCACACAUGUGUAACUGAGUGCUAAUGUCUCUGUGUUAAUCUGUAUUGGCACGGCAGGUUCUGGUCAUGCCUAUGGGCUUGUGCCCCUCCACCACCACCCCAUCCCCACCUGUAACCCACAGGGCCAAAUGGUGACCCACAUCUGGCUCACUGUGAGCCUCAAGUGUGCUGGAAGUUGUGUUAUUAGAUCACUUAACGUUCUUUUGAAUGGGGUGUAUUUUCCCACUGUGCAGUGGUUGUGGCUCUCUACAAAGGGGCUCACUUGGUAGAAUCUGAGAUUUCCCUCUUAACGAGCAGUAAUUUUAGGUUGGCAGAAAUUGCACAUUCCCUUCUGAAGCUGGCACCUUACGACACCCAGACGAUGGAGAGCCGUGGGCUCCGGCGAUACAUCAUGGAGAUGCUGCCCAUCACUGACUGGACGGCCGAGGCAGUGAGGCCUGCCUUAAUCCUCAUCUUAAAGCGAUUGGAUCGUAUGUUCAAUAAAAUUCACAAGAUGCCUACUUUGAGGUGAGCAUGUAUGACGGAAACCUACGGGGGUCCGUUUCUGUUGUUGCAAGCCUUGAAGGAAGGGUAUGUCAUUUUAUUGACAGUGUUUUGCUGCACUGAACUCUCACAGCAAAAAAUAAAUAAAUGUAUUUUUCCUAUUGUUGUAUAUGCAUGCGGCCACAUUUGUGAGACAACAAUAGAGGAAAUGCAUCUUUUAUGACGAACCAUAGCAGAACUGGUAAAAAUAUGGCAUCCACCACAAAACAGGUGCCCAGGAAUAAUACUUUUGUUGAUUUUGUCAUUUCUAAAAUCUCAUGAUUUUAAGCAUGAAGCAUGUGAUAUAAAUUCUGUAGGACUGUGAAUACGUUUUGUUGUAACUCUGUCUGUAACUGUAUUAAAAUGCACUUAAAUGGAGGAUUCUAAACUUUCUGGAGCUUAGAAAGCCAUAUGAAUAGUCUUAUUUUGCAAAGUCAAAGAAAAAUGAGGUCGUUUCAGAAGUCAUUGAGACAGGGCUCAUGCACACUUCCUCUGGUCCUACUCAUUUCCCCUGGGAAAGAAAACACUCUUUAGCACUCAGAUGGAGCAAACAGCAAUUACAGUUUUCUCCAGAUUGAUGUUUGCACUGAUUUAGCACUAAAGAGCUGUUUUUCCCUGGGAAAGGAGUGGGACAAGGCGGAAACUGCUCAGACCCGUGCUUUCUAGGCAUGGGACAGGCAGAAGUGUGGAUGAACUCCCUCAGUGCUGUUUUUCCUGCAUGAUAUUCUAGCAUGUUUUAGCUACAUCAGCAGACAUAUGGCUCAGAUUAGUCAUUUGAGUGCAAGAACAUACUGGAUCUUGAAACAUGUUACCUGGAUAGCUGCUUAGAUAAAAGACGUGUGAGAAAAGGCAUGGAAAAGACAUGGAAAAGCUAAGGGGAUUUCCCAAAAAAUAUUUAACAAAGUGAGAUCCAGUCCACAAAGUUUUAUGCCCCAGUACAUUUGCUAGUCUUUAACGUAUCAUGCAACAAGUUUCUUCCCAGAAAAAGUAAUCUGGAACUAGGCUAAAGUUGUAUAAAUUUGAUUUAAUGAUUUCUUAUCUGCAUGGGCAAAUAUCCAUAUCAAGACUGUCUUUGUUCAUCUUCCCAAUGAGAUGAAAUAAACUAAACAUUAUUCCUCCCCUUAUUUCCUGUAACCAGUGUGUAUCAAAAUGAUGUUAAUGGAAACUGAACUGUAUUUUGAUGUGUGUGCCAUCCCAAACUAUUAUUUUGUUUUCCAAAUCUUAUCCGUUUUUUUUAAAUAUUGUUUCUUCAUUUUUUAAGCAUUAAGGAGUACCCUAGGGACUUGAAUGUUGAAUUUCCUUCCUGCUCUCCGAGAGUGACAUUGUGUCAGGAAGACAAGCUAAUUCUGCUUGUGAAGUUUUUCUGAUUGGAACCUUGGAAAGUCCGCUUGUUAUAAUUAUCCCUUGUCAUAGGAAAAGCCAGGAUGCAAAGGGGUUUGGCCACUACUUCCCAGCAUUAUAAACCAUGGUUGGGGUUGAGCAUUCCUCUCUUACCUGCCUCCCCCUCGGUCAUCUGACAUCUUUGGUGCUUCAUUCUUGUCUUGUGUUAAGCCAUAGUUGUCCGCUACAUCUGAAUCGGAGAAGUCUGGUUUAAUUACAGAAUCAAGUCCUUAUCAUAGUUCCUUAUCACUACUAUUCUCCAUUGUUUUCUUCCAGUAGUGACUGUUCCGGUUUGUGAACUAUUUUUGGAAGCCGAACGUCCGACAGGGCUUCCAUGGCUUCUGAUUGGCUGCAGGAGCUUCCUGCAGCCAAUCAGAAGCCACACUUUGGUCUCUGAACGUUUUGGAAGUCAAACAGACUUCCGGAACAGAUUCUGUUUGACUUCCAAGGUAUGACUGUACUAGAUCUGCUGGAUUCUACUUCAGAUUUCAAAAUCCCAGCAGAAAUCUGGUGUUUUAUUUCUGAUGGGCAAAUUCAGAAUACCCUUCUCCAUAGAGAUUUGAAGCAGCAAUCAGCCUACAUUUUGGGGAGAAUAUAUAUCCUUUGAAAUCAGUGGAGGAGAAGCAUAAUAUUGCCAUUUGCAGUAUGUCUGUUUAAAACAGAUUCACAGGACACCACGUUGUUAGUUUCUUGCAUAUACACACCAAUUCCUACUCCUUUCGAUUGUUGAUCUGGAUAUUUUUCUAUCGUUUGUUGAGUCUCAUGGCAACACCUCUUUGCUGUAGGUCCAGUUUCUUCUGCAGUGCUUUCUGUGCUUCCCUGAUUUCUGAAUAGUGUAGGUAAAAUGCACUUGUUGUAAUGCAAAUUUUCGCCAUCUGAGAUGCCCUUGUCUGAAGCAUCCCUCAGAGUCCUUUUGUCUCAGUCACCUUGUGCAGGGUUUCUGGGUGGAGCCGGAUGCCUAACACCACCUACUGUUGUGUUCCAGGCGACAGGUUGAGUGGGAGCCUGCCAGCAGUUUGAUUGAAGGGGUUUGUUUGACACUUCAGAGGCAGCCAAUCAUAUCCUUCCUGCCUCACCUUAGGUCACUGAUCAAUGUCUGUGUCAAUCUGGUGAGUAACCAACAUUCCAAUCUCCUGCACAUCUGCCAGACUUCCUUCUGUGGUAGAGAUUCCCCAUUUCCAGUCCCAGUCCUACUCAUGCAAAUAAGCUAUUUAACUGACACUAGAAAUAGUGGAGUUCAUUUUUAAAGUGGUGCAUGGGGAGCGAAUGGGGAGGAAGCCCAUAGCCUAAGCCCAGUGACUGGUUUUUGCUGCUUUCCGUGCACCAUUUUGAAAAUCCAUUCCUGCAUGUUGCGCCGAGAGUUGAGGGCUGCAAGUUGGAGAGUGGUGGAUACUGCACACACCUGGUAGAGGAGUUGGAAGGGAAUGGGGGAAGCUGGAAAAAUACUCAGUCUCAAGUUGUUGAAAGACAACAUUCUUUAUCACUCUGCAAAAGGGCAUAAGCAAUUGACUAGAUGAAUUACUAAACUAAAUUUGCUUUGCCAUUUGUAAUGUCCCUGGUCUAAAGUAACUUUUAGAUUUUCUUGUACAAUGUUCAGAUCCUUCUGCCCCUUUAUCAGGAUGAAAGAGAAAUUCAGUUUGGUUCACAUUUUAAUGCAAGGCUACCUAAUUUGCAUUUCCUGAAAUAAUAUGCAACCCAAAACACAACUAUCCCUCAAAAUAUUCUCUAUUCUGAAUUUUGUAUUGCAGUUCUCCUAACAAAAUGCAUACAAAAUACAUAUAUUGGGGGUGACAGUUCCUAUACUGAAAUUAAACUAUCACAAGGUUUCAUUCAAGUUAAGAAUUUAUGCAAAUCCUGGACUUCUGCCAUUUUAAUGGGGGUCAUUGCUCCAGACAAGCCUUCACAAACAAUGCUUGAUCAAAUUUGCUGGCACCCAUCAAUGAUGUAAAGAAAACCAUAAUUUGGAAACAUAUAAUUUGUAAUACAGAAAACACUUUAGAGAGUGCAGAAAUGGUAUGUUAGCAUUUAUCUGCCUGUUUAUCCAGUACUGCAAAGCAUUUUGCACCGAACCUUCCUUCUCCAUACAGCACAAUAAAAGUAGACUUAGACAAUUAUAUCCACAAGAUAUAUUGACAGAUGGUUUCAAAAGGGAAGUAGAUGCAUUAAUGGAGGACAUUUAUGGAUAUUAGUAAUAUUGGCAAAAUUGAACUUCCAUGUUCAGUGAUAAUGAUACAGUUGUUGAAGGACACACAGUAGAAAGGACUGUUGCCUUUGUGCCUUGCCUGUGAGUUGGCUGGCCAACUGUUGAAAACAGAUUACUGGACUAAAUGGACCCCUGGUUUGAUCCAGCCUUUGACUGGACUUAACUGUCCAGGGGUCCUUUACCUGAUCCUGAAUGGUCCUGUUAUGUCCCACAUUGCUUGGAAGUUAUCAGCUUAUUUGAUCAGCCAUUGGAAUAUCCACUUCCCCAGGUGGUUGGAAGUACCGCUGGAGACAUUUGCAAUCUUUUCUGUUUACUUACAAGUAUACAAGUUGAAGUAGAGCCAAGCAAGGUGACUAUUAGUCCUUCAAGCAAUAUUUAUUCAUAUUUAUUCAGUAUCACAACAUAUUAGCAAGAAACCUGUGUCAGCCAUAAACUUCUUAGGGAACUUCUAGCAAGAUCUAAACUCAGGACACCUUCAAAUUGCUUAGAACUAAUGUUUAACUGCAUCUAGAGAGAUAGCUUGGAGUAGCCACUGGAUGCAAGUGUAAUAAGGACUGUAUUCUUAACUAACAGAUGCAAAGCUGAACAAAACCCUUUGAAAGGGGUUCGUUUUUUGUAACCUCAAAGCAUACUAGCAACAUAAUUCAUUCUAAAUGAAAAUAUUUUGCAGGCAUAGAUUUGAAACAGUUCAAUCCCCCUCAAGAUUUAACCUUUGAAGUAAUAGCACAUCCAUACAGGAGAGUCUGAACAUUGUAUAAAAACCAGUCUAGGUCUGACUCAGGACAUUACCAUGACAUAAUAAGGGAACAGCUCAAGCCAACUAGAAACACUGUGAUUUCAGUACCUUUUUCUAUUGAGUACGGUAACUACAUGGCAUACCCUCCAACCCCUCCUCCUCCUACCAGUACAGUGCUGGUUUUUCAGGGCUAGUACUGGGUACAUUCUUAAAUGUACUGGUUUUCCCUGUGCCUUCUGACCAACCCCUCUGGUUAACCCUGUAGCAGUCCCUGUUUCCUCCCCACCCACUUCCUGCUAGAACCACUCCUUUUCCUUACUGGCCCCAGCUACCGCAAGACACUGUGGAGGACUCAUAAUCGCAGAGCAACCCCAGUCUUGCGCUACCUGAAGUGUGUACCUUACCAACACUGGAGGGUAUGGCAUGGAUGGAAUUGCAAUAGUUGGUCAUGGUGCUGUGCUGUGUUUGUAUUGCAGGUGAUGGGAGUAGUAGGACCUUCCAGUGUGGCCGAUGGAUUGCCCCUUCUUCAUCUCAGCCCUUAUCUCUCGCCACCUCUACCCUUCAGCACAGCUGUUGUCCGGCUUGUAGCAUUGCAGAUUCAGGUGUGACUGCCUUGCCUGUUCAGCAGGCUUUGCUUAUCAUGUGGUUGAGACACCAACUCAUUGGUGCUCUUGUUUUCUGCGAAAGCUGGGCAAAAACUGUGAAGCAAAAUGAAAAUUUCCCAACAAAUAUGUUAAUAGUUUGGAAUGCCACGGCAUUUAGCAAUUGUUCAGAUCCUCGGUGGGUACCAGUUUAGCAUAGCCCCACUGAAGUCACAUUGGGACUAUGCAGGUUUAAACCAACCGAAGAGCUGACACAAAUGGUAGUUGUACUUCUCAUGACUUAUAGAGAGAUAACCAUGGUUACUUUUUAGGCUUAGAACAAGAACAAAAGAGGUGAAGAACUACAGGACUUGUAUAGGUCAUGGGUAUGCGAGCUUUGAAAUUUAAAUAAAAUCUCACACUAUCUGAUAUGACUAGAUCAAUGUAUGCUGAUGAUGUCUUGUUUUUUUGCAAUACGAGGACCAGCUAUUUUGCCACUGAAAAUUCCUGUGUAAUUUCAAACUUUGCAUUGACACCUCACAAACCGUUAUUAGCUGAAUGAGAGAUUGGUUAUGACUCUUGAAUCUUAGGAUUUUUUGAAGGUCACAUAAGGCAUUCCUUUCUUUUCUAAAGUGUAGAUUCUUAGAUUAAUUAUUUCUGUCCAACUGUAUUGAACUAUUGUUGUUGUUAUAGGACAUUUGGGUAAACUGAACCUUAAUUCAAAUAACAGUGUGAUGAGACCACAGAAAGUAUAAAUGCAUAGGGUAAUUUUUUUAUACUAAUCAUCAAAUACUAUAUUUAACUAUCCUUAAUAUUGGAAAUGUAAUAAUUUUGUUCAGUGAGUUACAGUGCUACUCUCUCACAAAAUACAAGCUGUGUGCUUUAGGUUUUUCAGGCUUCCAUGUUGCCUGGACUUCUUUGUUGGCACCAAUUUAAGGUAGUGAGGGGAAAGGCUCUCAGCUACUAAAUGCAAAGGCAAGCUUUCAGCCCCAUUUCCAGGUUUCCUAACAGCACUAGAUUUGUGCAGAAAUAUUACACACAUAGAUUGGUCCACAUGUGGAAUGAUGUAGUCCUUCUAUGUUCUGACUAACCUACUGUACUUUGCCCAGGUUAAUUGGAAAGGAAUCAAGAGGGGGCUUUUUCAGAGUCUAGAUGAGAGAGAGUCAUGAUAAAAGGGGUGGGAGGAAUAAAGAACCAAAGCACAGAUUUAGAGAAUUUGAAGCAUAUGCGUGACUAAAGAAAGAUGUCAGUAGUGUAUUUUGAUUGACAGUGGGGUCAGCUUUGGAAAAGUGGUGUAUAAUGUUUUAAAUAAAUACAUUAACAGACCGGGGGGGGGGCAGGGAGAGUUAAUAUAAUACAUUCAGUUUAGCUAGAAGUAGUCAUGUCAGUCUGUGGCAGCAGAUGUAUGCACCUUCAAACAUGUUUCUUGUUUUUUAGUCACGUACUCUUAGGAAAUAAUUUUGUAGUUCCAAGGUUAUAUGGCUAUUGAAUUUUCAAAAAAAACACACCUAAGCCAUUUCACAGUUAAUAUGUUUCAGAUGGAGUUGGUACCUGUUUAUCUAUUACUAUUAAGUUGCAGCAGUGUUGGAAAUACAUCAUUAUAAGAUUCAAGUUGUUUUGAGAGUCCAUUCAUUUCACAUUCAAAUCCUAUGUGUGUGUAUAGGCUCCAAAAUUUGCAUUGUAUCUGUGCAUUUUUAAAAAUUCCAAACUCUCUCUGAGUCACUGUGUUCACUCCACUUUGAUCUGUGUUUUGGGUUCUGAGCUGCUCUGUGUGCAAUAAAGGUCUGUGGUUCCCCUGUUCUAUGUAAUGGGAAACCUAACAAUGGACAUACCUUUCCCCCCCUUGGCCAAAAUAGAUUAAAUUUACAGGCACAGGAGCCUCCAGAGUAGAUUAAGCCUGACAAAUUGCAGACAAAUAAGUCCAGGGGCUUUUUAUAAGGAAAAUAAAAGGGGUUCAUUUUCCUCCAUGAUCCCUUAAUUGGGAGUGUGAGUUUGUUUCUUUCUUAGCUUAAAUGAAUUAGGAAGUGUGUAUUCUUGCUCAUAAUAUUUAAAAACUUUAAAGUCACACACCAGCUUCUCUUUGGGGUGGUGUUUUUUGUCUUCUGAUAAGCCUUUACAGGUCUCCAAAAAGUCCUACAACUCUUCCUGUGAAGUCCUGAAGAGCUCUGUUGUAGUGCUAAAGCAGAGCAAUGGACUUUUUUUAAGUGUCUAAAUUAAAAAAUAAUAAUCCUACACUGCUGUUCUUCAACAGCAUCAAAAUUCAGACCUCUAUAGUGUCCUGCAGGCAAUAUUCCAAAAGGCCUCACUUAUUGCAAAGCCCAUGAACCUAGAGAAAAAGAAAUAUAUAGGCAAUACAGCACAAAAGAACACAGAAACAGAAUAACAAAGUGACAUGACUUUGUGGGGACUCCGAUCUGACUCAGGGAGGUAUUGACAUCAUGUUUUGACUUUGAAGCGGGGAGAUCCCAGAAACACCCUAAUUCAUCUCAUCAUUCACCUCUCACACAAAGCCUCUGCACACCCCUAAGUACAAUUCACACCUAAGAUGUAAGUAUUGAAGAACUUACAAACCUUGCUCAAAUUGUGCUCUCAAUAUGCUUUGGACUGUAACUCCCAUCAGCACAGGAAGCACAGACAUGACUCCAUUCGCCAGCAGCAUUCAGCUGUGCUGGCUGGGACUGAUGGGAGUUGUAGUCCAAAUAAUAAUAAUAAUAAUAAUAAUAAUAAUAAUUUAUUUAUACCCCAGAUUGGACAAAGCUGCUUCAGUUUCACGUAGUUUUUGUCACUGGCUAAGCCUUCCUGUUUCCAGAGUGUCAGAACACAAUUACUGCUAUUAAUCUUUGGCAUUUGGCAUAUCAAGCCUCAGGAUCAAGCAAAACAAUAUGGGGCUAAACUCCAGAUUUAAAUUUAAGAGAUUAUGCUGAAACUGGAAUUUGAGUCUUUUGUAGAUGUCAUCCAAGCUGGUGAACUCACCCAGAUGUGGACACAGGGCAUUGUGUAAAUGAAGUGUUGAUGGAUCCCUUUUUCUUUGACUAUACUUCACCCCUAUACUCUACCAGUACAAUAUUUUAAUUCUUUUUUAUUAUUACUGCACAGGCUUUGAAAGAAGAUUUUCCAUUAAGCCACGUGAUCUCCCCAUUCACCAAUCAGGAGAGAAGGGAAGGAAUGCUUUUAAAUCUACUGAUUCCAUUUGUGCUCACAGUAGGAUCAGGAAGCAAAGGUCUGAUUAACAGAAAGAUUCUUCUGUUUCCCCCUCCCUGCUGCCUCUCCGAACCAGAAAAUGUCUGUGCAUCCGUCCACCUCUAUGUUUCUUCUGCUAUAAGCGUCCUUUCAGUGGUGUGUUGUCAGUUGGGCUUGUAGGGGACAAACAAAAGGAAAAGGGUGUUGUGGUGUCCUUCUUUUCUGAAUUUUCUGAAUUCACUCUUUGACAGAGGAGCUCCUCUUUUUGAGAUCAAUGAAAGACAGAGUAUCCUGGCAGAGCAAAAGCAAAAACAAAACACCCCACCUAUGUGUAAGAAAGAAAUGGAACCAAACUAGAAAGCCACACAGCUUCCACUUAAGCUACUUUUCACUGAAUUCCAGGCCACUUGAGUGGUUCAAACUCUGCUUUUCACAUUACAGUUAAUUCAGUAUGACUGAUUAUUUUCCAAAGGGCUCAUUCACCUGAGCAAAUUGUUCUGCCACACAACAUUUUUUGCAGAAUAUGGCUAGAUAUAUUUUCAAAAUGAGAGCAAGAGCAUCAAGUGAUACUGCAGGCUCCCACCUCUCAUAGAGUUUGUAUGCAUACUUAAAGUACAUAUGUAUGAGGCUCAUUUAUAAUUAUAUUUUGGGAAUGAUUCAUGUUCUUACGUAGCUGCAUUGUUUUAUACAUUCUGGAUGUCCCGUGACUGUAUUGUAAAGUAGUUGUGUUCUUUGUUAUCAAUCAAGCCCUUCUAGGAGUCGUUUCUUUUUGUUUUCCAAUAUUCUGUGUAGCACAAGCAUAUUUUUAUCUUGAAAGUGUGACCCAGAGAAAAAUGUUGAGAACCAUUGCCUUGGGGUUAAUAAAGAAAUAGGAAGGGUGUCCCCUCCCCUGAUCAUAUCAACCCUGGUGGGAACCUGUCCUUAAAAGUCAAAGGACAGUGAGAGGGUGGGGAAAGUGCAAGUGAGCAUAAACAUCAUGUUGGUUAAAAUUAGGUGCUGUGUAUGUUGGUGUUGUAGAAUAACCCCAACUUUUGCUUGCAGGAGGAGAAGGUAGAGGGGGACCAGUUGGGUGUGCCGAAUGUUCAUAUUGCAUCAAUGGUGCUGAACCUGUUUGGUGAGUCAGCUCCUGACCUGCUCUAUGUCUUUUCCCUUUGGUGUCAUGCAGACAGCCCUUGGCUGGAGCAGCCAGAGGUCCUCCUCCUGCUCCAGACAGUCAUUAAUAUUUUGCUGCCACCUCGCAUCAUCAGCACUUCCCGCAGUAAGAACUUUAUGCUGGAGAGCUCUCCUGCCCACUGCUCCACCCCUGGGGACGCAGGGAAGGACUUGCGCAAGGAAGGGCUAGCCGAAUCCACUAGCCAGGCAGCCUACCUGGGUGAGUGAAAGCUUCUGCCUGCCAGAGCUGAAACAAAAAGAAAGAAAGAAAAUAAAGGAAACUGAGAGCUGGUGCAUGCAUGCUUUUCUAUCUAUUGAUAUCUAUUGAUUCUAUCUAUUGAUUUUAUGUGACAUUUCAUCAUUUGACAUCUUAACACUUGAUGGCUCACAGCUGAACAUGUAAACUGCUUCCCCUGAAGAGCAUCAUGUUUGAGGUGACAUUGCUCCUGAAGGUAGGAGUCUAUCAAUUGAUGAAGAUGAUCAUCCAAAUGUCAUAGACCAAAUGGAGCAAACAGCACGCAGACCUAGUGGUGGGAGGGAAAAAAUCCUGAAAUAAGAGACACGGGGGAAUGAUUAAUGGACUUCAAUGUCUGUACACUAAUGCGCAAAGCAUGGGAAAUAAACAAGAUGAGCUUGAGCUCUUGGUACAGCAAACUAAAUAUGACAUAAUAGGCAUCACUGAAACCUGGUGGGAUAAGUCCCACGAUUGGAAUGUAAUAAUGGAGGGAUACAAUCUAUUUCAGAGAAACAGACCAGACAAGAAAGGAGGAGGAGUGGCGUUAUAUGUCAGGGAUGUGUAUACCUGUGAAGAGAUCCAAGAUUUAGAACCUCAAAGCCAAAGUGAGAGCAUUUGGGUCAAAAUCAAGGGAGAGAAGAAUAACAGUGACCUCAUUGUGGGAGUUUACUAUAGAUCCCCAAGCCAAACGGAGGACAUAGAUGAUGCCUUCCUGGAACAGAUGGUCAAGCAUGCAAAAGGAAGGGAGAUAGUAGUAAUGGGGGACUUCAAUUACCCGGAUAUUUGUUGGAUGUCAAACUCAGCCAAGAGCAUAAGGUCAAACAGAUUCCUCACUGGCCUUGCAGACAACUUCAUUGUCCAGAAAGUGGGAGAAGCAACAAGAGGAACAGCCAUUUUAGAUCUGGUCCUAACCAAUGUUGAUGACCUGGUUAGUGGGGUAGAAGUGGAAGGAUCAUUAGGUGCGAGUGAUCAUGCUCUUCUGACGUUUACUAUACAGCGGAAAGGAGCAGCCAAGCAUACUAGGACUCAAUUUCUUGACUUUAAGAACGCCGACUUCAUAAAACUUAGGGAAGUGCUGGGUGAGAUCCCAUGGACAGUAAUACUAAAAGGAAAGGGAGUUCAUGAUGACUGGGAGUUUGUUAAGAGGGAGAUAGUAAAAGCACAACUUCAGGCAAUACCAAUGAGACUGAAACAUGAUCCUGGGUUCUCUUUCGAUCCUUACUGCUGAGAAAUUGGACUUAAGUUAACCCCCUCCUUCCCGUUUCCUUUUUUGUUGUUUUUUUUCUCUGUGGGAAAGAUUUACAUUCAAGCGUUGGAGCUAGAAAAAACCAGAAAUAAUUGGAAUGCGGAAAAUAUCACCCGAUAAACCCUGGGAAAUUUUGGAAAAUAACUUUAAGUGUUAAAAACAGGGGGUUUUACACCCCAGUAGACCAUAACUGGAUAGCUACAACAUUUUGAAUUGGACAUUCACAUCUUUUAUGGACUUGAAAAUAUAAACAGGAAAUGGGGACAGAAUCCAGACCAGUGAUUUGGUGAUAGAGACCGGACCAGUGAUUUUGUGACAUUGGGAUCUAAUUGGUUUACAGGUCUGAUUUAGAUCGUGGAUUAAAGCCUGAAUUAUUAGCCUUACUAGACCUUGGAUUAGGACAUGGACUAAGUUAUAGAAUAUCUUUUACACGAGAUGGACUAAACCGGCAAGUGGUGGAAGAUUAAAGAAAUUAAAAGAAAUUGGAACUGAAUUACUGCUCUCCCAUCAGAAUCUACGUGGACUUUAGAAAACCACUUUAACAGGAAUAAUUCUUAUAUAAGUAAUAAUUAUUUGAGUCUUGGAGAAAUUUACCAAACUUUCAGAGGGUGUUAAGGUUUUAAGGGACGGUUGGGGAAAACACAAACUAUAUUGUCACAUACUAUUAAUAAUACCCUAGGAGGGGGGAAUCAUUUGAAGGAAAACAAGAGCCUAAGGAAGGUACUAAGGUGUAUAAACAAGACUUUAAGAUUGCCAAGGUCGAGAUAUACUGGGAUUAUAAGUGAAGCUAUUUUCUUUGAUUUCUGGACAUUUUAUUAUCCAACUGGAUCUGUAACUGUAUAUUAUAAUAGUACAUAUUUUCUAGCAGACAUUGGUGGUACUCGGAGAUAUUAUGGUUGUACUUUAGGAUACAGUUGAAUUAAUUGACUUUAAAGGUAAUACUCUGUUUGAAAAAUACUCUGUCUGAAAAAAAGGAAAUACAAUAGAAAGUGAUAUAAAAGAAAUUGUAAGAAUAUAAAAUAAGAAAAACAAAAUCGCACAGGUGUAAUAAGGUAAAUUAAAGGAGAGUGGUUAAGACAUAGUGUAGUAAGGUAAAUUAAAGGAGAGUGGUUAAGACAUAGAAAAAUAAGAAUAACAAAACAAAAAAACAAACAAACAAAAUUGUGCGCCCCUCAGGGGAGAGACAGAAAAUUAACACAGACUAUUGUGUAAAUAAUCACAAAAUGUCAGGGAAAAACGAAAAAAAGGUAGGAGGGACUCCUGGGGACAGAAAGGCCUCACGACAGGAGGAAAUUAAGACCUAGACAUAUUGUGGUUAAAGAUCAAAGAGGAAUUUAAACAGAGUGAACUACAUAUGGAAAGUAAAUUAGGAGAGGUGCAGGAACAGAUAGAUAAAAAAAUUGAAGGAGCUGUGGGAGAACUCACUAAUAAAAUACAAGACCUAUCAGUUAGAUCAAAAGUAAUAGAGGAAUCAAACAAGAAAAUUCAAAAAGAAUUGAAAGAACAUGUCAGGGAACUGCCAUCGGAGCUAGAGGCGGAGGGAAGGCUCCAAAGGGAUGCAGGAGAGGGUCCCAGUAGGGAGAGAGGCAGCCCAUCUGCUGGGGAAGGAAAUCAGCGUAACACCAGUGGAGAAGGGGGGCAGAUGGGGGAAUCGGAGAGGAGGCUCCAAGACUCUUCGCCAGAGACCAGCGGAGAGAGUACAGGUACUCCGCUGCCCACACCCUCCCUGCGCAGAAGACUUCCGCGCAGGGAGAGUAGGAGGAGACUUGGCGUCAAACAACUUUUAUGCUGGAAAAGGUUUAAGAAACGCCCACUGACGGAUUCUGCCAGCAACUGAGACAGUCACGAUGCUGGAGGCUGUUCAGUCAGAAAGGGUUUAACCAGGUAACCUCGCCAGCAGUGGGGGCAACUUACGCACGAGCAACCCCUAAAUCCAUUACAGCAAUCCGUCAGUCACCGACGUUGCUUGUGCGCAGCUCCAGGGAGGCAGCACCAUGAGCCAGACCAGAGGAGCCAGAGAGAUGGAGCAAGCAGCUGCAGUGCAAGGGCUGGUAGAGAGAAACCGAAAUUUGGAACAGCAUGUAGCUCUCCUGACGGCGCGGCUGGACGAAAGAUGAGCUCAGGAUGCUCAGGUCAGACCCACCCCCAUCGCAAGGAAGGUACCGGGGCUGGUACACAAGUUUGGGGGGGAACCCCAGGACUACAAUGUGUUCCGAACGGAAAUAGAGUACGCUUUGGAACUGCAGCAUGAUGACUUUGUUAACGAUGAGCAACGGGUAGCCUACAUUGUGGGGCAUCUGGAGCAUGGGGCAAGAGAAUGGAUCAGGCCCCUUAUGGCGACGCAAAAUCAUGCCUUGAAGGACCUUAAGAAAUUCUUUCAGGCGAUGGAUGCGAUGUAUUCCAGUGAAGUCCAGCAAAGUGUGACUCAGCGGGAACUGAUGGGGUGCAAGCAGGGGAGCCAGUCAGUUAGAGACUACUGGUCACGCUUUGCAAUGUUGAUCCACCGUCUCGGGUGGGAUUUGGACUCUGAACCUAUUCAAAUGUUGUUUGAGGAGGGGUUGUCCCCAACGGUGAAGGACGAGCUGUCCCGCGCGCCCCGCCCACAGUCGAUGGAUCAGCUGACCAAGGCUGUGCUUGCGAUUGGAGUGAGGCAGGAAGCGCGGGCUCAGGAGAAACACGAAGGAGAAACGCGAAGGGAGAAGGGAAUGUUGCCAUGACUACCGCAUUCCUGAAAUACCAAGACAGCUUUCCCAGGCGGCUGAGCCAAUGGGAAUAGAUGGCGUGCGAGAGAGAGAGGUUUCAAACUCCAGUGAAGGUCGCAAGAGGGAGGGGAAGGAUUGGAAAUCCACCAAGAAGUGUUUCCUCUGCCAACGGCCGGGACAUUUUGCAAGGGUCUGCCCUCAAAGAAAGGCCUGGCAAGGGAUGGUGGGGGCUGCUGGCUGUGAGGAGAAGGGGGAUGAAGGGCAGGCGCAGGGAAACGACAGCGCCUGGCUGCCAACCAAAGGGGCCAGCAGCCAGGCCAGCAACCAAUAGAAGUGCCCCAGCCUGACCCCCCCAGGGCAGCCAUAGCCAUAGCAGUGGUGCUAGAACUCCCGAAUGGGCACCCAGUCAAGGUUGAGGGGAUGCUGGAUUCGGGCAGCUCCUGCAAUUUAUUUAGCAGGGACUUCGCUUUGGAGCACCAAAUACACUUGCUACCCCUGGAUUUUCCCUUGCAAGUGACCACCAUCGAUGGCAGGGAACUUCUGGGAGGGGAAGUGACACACCAGACCCCGCCAAUGCGAAUGAGGGUUUCCAGGCACACAGAGACCAUUGCCUUUCACGUGGCCACACUGGCAGGACCCCCAAUAAUACUGGGAAUGAGCUGGCUGGCACUGCAUGAUCCAGUAGUGUCAUGGCAUCAGCGGUCAGUCACCUUUGGGUAAGCUUACUGUUUGGAACACUGUCUGGGGGGGAAACCCCAAGAAUGACAGUGGCCAGGGUGGCUGGGCUGGCGGUGGAAACAGACUACCCCCCCCAUAGGCCCUUUGACUGCCAAAUCAACUUAAUCCCAGGGGCUCAGCUGCCUGUGGGUAAGCUGUAUGCCAUGUCGGACCGGGAGAUGCAGGAGUUAUGGCAGUUUAUUGACAAGAAACUGAAGAGGGGGUUCAUAAGGGAAUCAAAGGCGGUGGGGGGCAGUCCGGUGUUCUUUGUGGACAAAAAAGGAACUAAUCAGCCCAGACUGGUCGUGGACUACCGGGCCCUAAACCUGGUAUUGGAACCCGUGACCUUCCCAAUGCCCAGGAUUGACGACAUUUUAACACGGGUGAGGCAGGGGAAAAUGUUCACCAAGCUGGACCUCAGGGGAGCGUACAAUUUGAUCAGGGUAAGGGAGGGGGACGAAUGGAAGACCACCAUGUUCACCCCCCUGGGGGCUUUUGAGUACUUAGUCAUGCCAUUUGGAUUACAAUCGGGCUCCGCCUGCUUUCAAGCAUUCAUGCACCACGUGUUGGGGCCCCUGCUGUACAAGAACUGCGUAGCCUUCUUGGACGACAUCUUAAUCUAUUCAGACAAUGAGAAGCAACUUGUCAGAGACGUCAGGGAAGUGCUAAAGAGGCUGCAGAAGCACCAGUUGCGGGUCAAGCUGGAAAAAUGCCAAUUUCACACCAGAGAGGUCGUUUCUGGGGUACAAGUUGUCAGACAAGGGACUGGCUAUGGACCCAAGCAAGGUGCAGGCAGUGCUGGAAUGGAAAGCCCCCAAAACCCGGAAGGAUGUGCAGAGGUUCCUAGGGUUCAGCAACUUCUACAGGAAGUUCAUCAAGAACUUCGCCCACUUAACGGCGCCCAUCACAGAUUGUCUCAGUAGCAAAAGGAAGUUUGCCUGGACAGAAAGUGCCCAGCAAUCCUUUGAAAGACUGAAGAAGGCGUUCGCUUCGGAAGAACAGCUCCUGCACGUUGAUCUGGAGAAACCCAUGAGGCUAGAGACCGACGCGUCCGACAGAGCCAUUGGGGCGGUACUUUUGCAGCCAGGGAGGAACAAGCAGGAAUGGAAGCCGUGUGCCUUUUUCUAGAGGAAGCUGAGCAAGUCGGAGCAAAACUAUACGGUGUAUGACCGCGAACUGCUUGCAAUCUAUGCGGCGUUUCGCCGAUGGAGACAUCUGUUAAUAGGGGCGCAGCACAAGAUCCAGGUUUGUACUGAUCACAAGAACUUGGAAUACUGGAGGACCGCGCGAGUACUCAACCAGAGACAGAUUCGAUGGGCACAGGAGUUCUCCAAGUUUUCCUUCGAGAUCCAAUACGUGCCGGGAGAGGAAAACGUAAGAGCAGAUGCUCUCUCCCGGAAGCCGGAGUACAUGGAAGGAGAGGGACCGCCGGAGAUACAACACGUGAUCCCCGAGGACCGAUGGGUGUGUGGGGGAGCCUUGAUUGGGAAACGAGAACUGGCCGGGCUUACUAGAAACGACAUGUUCGCCCAAACUAAAAUCAGGGAACUCCGAGACGGAAGAGAAAAUCAUGGGGGUUUUGAGGAACAGGAAGGGGUGCUGUACUAUAAGGGGGCGCUGUAUGUACCAAGGGAGACCCUGAGGGGGAAGGUACUCAAACAACUCCACGACAACCCCACAGCUGGGCACUUUGGACAGCACAAAACCAUGCUGCUCGUCACCAGGCAGUUCUGGUGGCCAAGGGUGAGGGAGGAUGUACGGGAAUAUGUAUGGGGGUGCGACCGCUGCCAAAGGGCAAAGGGGGAGAGGGCUGCCCCCGCAGGGUUACUGGAACCCUUACCCACGCCAGGAAGACCCUGGGAGGUGGUGUCCAUUGAUUUUGACAGAUUUGCCCAAGUCCAGGGGGAAGACAGCAGUCAUGGUAAUAGUCGAUCUACUGACGAAAAUGUGCCAUUUCAUAGCUUGCUCACAUGCGGUGACGGCAGAGGAGACAGCCAAGUUGUUUGUGGAUCACAUCUUCAGGUUGCAUGGGGCGCCCUCGAAGGUCAUCUCAGAUCGCGGAAAACAAUUUACUUCACGAUUCUGGAGGAAGCUCAUGAGCUUGCUGCAGGUAGAGGUGGGCUUCUCAACGGCGCGACACCCGGAAACCAACGGGCAAGCAGAAAGAGCGAACAGUAUACUCCAGCAAUACCUACGCUGCUACGUCAGCGAGAGACAGAACGAUUGGGUAGAGAAACUAGCGCUGGCUGAAUUUGCGUACAAUAACGCUGAACAUGUGUCCACGGGCAUGAGCCCGUUCAUGGCCAAUUAUGGGUGUCACCCCAGGGCGUUCCCGGGGAGGGUGGAGUGUACCUGUGGCCGAGCAGUUUGUGGAAGAAAUGGAGGCAGUGCACCAGCAACUCAAGAUGAACUUGGAGCGGGCCAAGGAAGUUUAUAAGAGGCAGGCAGACAAGCACCGUCGGGAGGGGGAUGCCAUAUGGGUGGGAGACCGAGUGUGGUUGUCAACCCAAGGGUUGCCCCUAAAGGGAGGGUGCAAGAAGUUGCAGCCAAGGCGGCUGGGACCCUUUGAGGUAACACAGCAGGUGAACCCUGUGGCAUUCAAGCUCAAGUUGCCUGACAGCAUGAAGAUACAUCCGGUGUUCCAUAGGUCCCUACUCUCACCAUACAGGGAGGGGCGGGAAUUCCCGGGGCGGGAGGGAGGAGUCACCGCCCACCCGCGGGUAGAGAAGAGGGAACUCCACCACCAAGCCACGGAAAUACUCGAUUCAAGGUGGCGAGGGCGCCAGGUGGAGUACUUAGUGGCUUGGGAAGGAGAACCCGAGUCAGAAAACACUUGGGGCCCCGCUGAGGCGGUCAAUGAUUGGUAUCUAGUGGAAGAAUUCCACAGCCUGUUCCCAAACAAACCAAAACCACUAGCGAGAUUCUGGGAGGAAGAAUUUGGAAGCACAGACGACGAGGAGGAAUUUGUGGGUUUUCCUGCCUCCGAAGAGGAAGGAGGGGAGAUGUCAGAGGGAGAAGAAUCAGACUGGGAGGCCCACCCCACAGCAAGAUAUCGGAGCGGGUGUGGUCAUAUACGCUAAAGAAAAAGAGGACCCCAAGUUAAUAUGCAAAGAUGAGGAAGGGAGAAUUUUGGGGAUACAAAUUAACCACCAGGGAGAAAAAUUUAACGUAGUAACUGUUUAUGCCCCAAAUAUGAAUAAAGCAGAAUUUUUCAAAAAACUGGAACAAAUAUUAUUGGACUUAGAGACUCAUAAACUGAUUUUACUUGGUGACUUAAAUGGAGUGCCAAUUCCAGAACAUGACAGAAGUGUAAAAAGGGGAAAAUUGAGCCAAGGGAAAUUACCUAAAUCGUUUAAAAACCUUUGAAGAAAAUUUAGACCUGACGGAUAUCUGGAGACACAAAAACCCAUUGACAAAACAAUUUACAUUUUUCUCAGAGCCGCACCAGAGCUGGGGCAGAAUAGACCAGAUUUGGGUAUCAAGAGAACUAGUAACAAGAGCUGCAAAAUGUGAAAUACAACCCAGAACUCUGUCUGACCAUAAUUCAAUAUCCCUGGAAAUUAAGUGUGGAAUUCAGGGUAUGUAUCGAUGGAGAAUGAAUGAAUACUUAUUUGAAAACGAAGAUGUAACUGAAAAGGCCAAAAACACUUUAAAAGACUUCUUUGAGUUAAACCUUAAUAAAGAGACAAAUAUUGAUAUGGUUUGGGAUGCUAGUAAGGCGGUGCUAAGAGGCUUUCUAAUCCAACAAAAUAGUCACAGGAAAAAAAUAAAAGAACAAAAGAAAGAUGAAAUCCUGAACCAAUUAAGAGAAUAUGAGAAAAAAUUAAUAACAAAUCCUAGUGAUGAUCAGAUUAAACAUCCAAAUUGUUACAAUUACAAUACUCAAUGCUAAUUAACCAAGAAGUUGAAUGGAGAAUUAAAUCAAUGAGGCAAAAAAUUUUCGAAUCCGCAAACAAAACGGGAAAAUUUUUAGCCUGUCAACUACGAAAAAGGAAAAAGCAAAAUGUGAUCAACAAGAUAAAAAUAGAAGAAAGGCUUGUGGAAGAGCCAAACGAAAUAAAGAAAAACUUCCUAAAAUUCUUUGAAAAAUUAUACAGAAAAGAAGAAGAUAUAAUAGAAAUAGGAAAAUACUUAGAAAAUAACAGAAUAACAUCCAUAACGGAGGAAGAGAAAACCCAGUUGAACAAGGCCAUAACAAUAGAUGAAGUCCAGGAAGCAAUAAAGAAAAUGAAAUUAGGGAAAGCUCCGGGCCCAGAUGGCUUGUCGGCCAAAUAUUAUAAAGUUCUUGGAGAACAGUUAGCCCCGGUGCUACGUGAUGUAAUGAAUAACAUCCUACAAGGAGGGAAGAUACCGGACUCCUGGUAAGAUGCCCACAUAACGUUGAUACCUAAAGCGGAGUCAGAUAAACUGAGUAUAAAAAAUUACAGACCGAUAUCACUUCGUAAUAAUGAUUAUAAAAUAUUUGUGGAAAUUAUGGCAAACAGACUUAAGCAUUACCUUAAAAAUGUAAUACACACAGACCAAGCUGGAUUCCUUCCUAAUAGACAACUAAAAGAUAACGUUAGGCACAUAAUAAAUAUCAUCGAAUACCUGGAAAGGAAGAAUGAAAUCCCUGCAGUAUUAAUUUUUAUCGAUGCAGAAAAAGCAUUCGAUAAUGUUUCAUGGCAGUUCUUAUUAAAGUGUAUGGAGACAGCAGGGAUAGAAGGUGCCUUUAUGGAGGGAAUCAAAGCAAUUUAUUCCAGUCAAAGAGCCAAAUUGAUUAUUAACAACAAUUUAACUGAUACAUUCGAGAUUUCCAAGGGUACGAGACAAGGCUGCCCCCUGUCACCGCUUCUUUUCAUAAUGGUAUUGGAGGUAAUUGCAAAUAAGCUAAGGAAAACACCAGAGAUACAAGGAAUUAGAAUUGGGGUGAAAGAAUUCAAAUUGAAAGCAUACGCGGAUGACUUCGUAAUCUCACUGGAGGACCCAAAACAAAGUAUGGACAAAGCCCUGGUACUUCUAGAGGAAUUUGGGAGAGUAGCGGGCUUUAAGUUAAAUAGAACUAAAACUAAAAUGAUGGUAAAGAACAUGGGGGAAGACCUAAGGAGGCAAUUAGAACUCCAAUCAGGAAUUAAAGAAGUAAAAAAGGUAAAAUACCUAGGAGUGUGGCUUACAAUGAAAAACAUAAAUUUUAUGGCUGAUAACUACAUUAAUACCUGGAAGGAUAUCCAAAAGGAACUAGACAUCUGGAACAGGAUCAAACUCUCCUGGUCAGGUAGAAUGGCAGCAAUCAAGAUGUGCAUACUGCCGAAAUUAUUAUUCCUAUUCCAAAACGUUCCGGUGAUUAGAGGAAGUGCAAUAUUCCAAAACUGGCAAAAAAUUCUCUCUAAAUUUAUAUGGCAAGGUAAAAGACCGAGGAUUAGAUUUAAAUUGUUAACGGAUAAAAAAAGGGGAGGAUUCUCGGUCCCAAAUCUGAGACUGUACUAUGAAGCCUCGUGCCUUUGCUGGCUUAGAGAAUGGAUUAUUUUGAAAAAUACAGACCUGCUAGACCUAGAAGGAUUUGACUUAAGAUUUGGUUGGCAUGCUUAUCUCUGGCAGAAUAAGGAAAAGGUGCAUAAAGGCUUCUCGAACCAUAUUAUCAGAGGAACAUUGUUAGAAACAUGGGAAAAGAACAAGAAACUGUUGGGGGGAAAAGCCCCUGGUGGCUAUCGCCUAUAGAUAUGUUAACUAUUAAAAAAACAAAUAUAGAAGGUGAGAGAUGGACUUAUGAAGACCUCCUAGAAAGAUCAGAAAGAGGAUGGAAAAUUAGACCAUAUGAAGAGUUAAAAAGUAAAUUAUCAGGUUGGCUGCAGUACCAUCAAAUCAAUGGCUUAUGGAAGGAAGAUAAAAAGAUCGGAAUGAACAAAAAAAAAUCCAAGUUCCAGGUAGAAAUAAUAGAAGGUAAAACUAAACUGCUAUCUAAAAUGUACAAUCAGCUAUUAGAAUGGGACACCAAGGAUGAGGAGGUUAAGGAUGUCAUGACAAAAUGGGCUAUAGACCUCGGAUACAAUUUGGAUUUCAACAAAUGGACGAGGCUGUGGACUAAAGGAAUGAAAUUUACAGCUUGCACCACCCUCAGAGAAAAUAUGGAAAAGAUGAUGUGCCGUUGGUACAUCCCCCGGGUGAAACUGCAAAAAAUGUAUAAGACCGGAGAUAAUAGGUGUUGGAAGUGUAAAACCAAAGAAGGAAGUUUCUUCCACAUGUGGUGGAAGUGUGAAGAAAUCAAAAAAAUUUUGGGAAUCAAUAUAUAAUGAACUGAAAAAAAUACUUAAAUACACUUUCGUUAAAAAACCCGAAGCUUUUCUUCUGGGAAUGAUCGGAGACGAGAUUAAAAAAGAGGAUCAUAUAAUGUUUCAAUACGCAUCCGUAGCUGCCAGGAUCUUGUUAGCAAAAAAUUGGAAAACCCCAAAUAUCCCGACUGUUAAAGAUUGGCAAAUUAAAUUAUUUGAAUAUAUGGAUUUGGCAAGAAUGACACAGAAUAUCAGACAGCAAAAAGGUACAAAGUUUAUUGAUGACUGGAAUAAAUUUAUAAUGUACAUGGAAUCAAAUUCUAGAGAUAUAAAAAUCACAGUAGGUUUAAUAUAAUCCUUGCGAUGUUUAGAUGAUAUAAAAUAAGAACUGCAGAACCGAAUUACUACUUUACAUAAUCCAAAAUUGAGAUGGAGGGAAGUCAACUUUUAUUUGUGUUAACUGAUGUUUGUCUUCUGGUUUGUUUAUAUUUUCUGUUUUGGUUGAUGUCUUUCUUUUUUCUUCUCAUUGAUGUGUUCGGUUUGUUUUUGUUUUUCUUUUUUCUGUUGUUGUUUGGCUUAGAAAAUUAAUAAAAAGAAAUUUAAAAAAGAGAGAGACUGAAACAUGGAAGGUGCCUAAAGAAGCCAGGGUGGCUAUCUAAAGAACUUUUAUCUGAGUUAAGAUUAAAAAAGGAUGUGUACAAAAAAUGGAAAAGGGGGGAAACCACCAAAGAGGAAUUCAAACAAAUAGCCAGCACGUGUAGACACAAAGUCAGAAAAGCUAAAGCACAGAAUGACCUCAGGCUUGCUAGAGAGGUUAAAAGCAACAAAAAAGGCUUUUAUGGGUAUGUUCGUAGCAAAAGGAAGAACAAAGAAACAGUGGGGUCACUCAGAGGAGAAGAUGGUGAAAUGCAAACAGGGGACACAGAAAGGGCUGAACUCCUCAAUGCCUUCUUUGCCUCAGUCUUCUCCAAUAAAGAAAACAAUGCCCGACCUGAAGAAUUUGGAGCAAAUGAUUCAGCAGAGGAAACAACCCAGAAUAACUAAGGAGAUAGUACAAGAAUACUUGGCUAGUCUAGAUGUAUUCAAGUCUCCAGGGCCAGAUGAACUGCAUCCAAGAGUAUUAAAAGAACUGGCAGAUGUGAUCUCAGAACCACUGGCAGUCAUCUUUGAGAAUUCCUGGAGAACAGGCGAAGUCCCGGCAGACUGGAGGACAGUAAGAGCUGUUCGACAGUGGAAUUUGCUGCCAAGGAGUGUGGUGGAGUCUCCUUCUUUGGAGGUCUUUAAGCAGAGGCUUGACAACCAUAUGUCAGGAGUGCUCUGAUGGUGUUUCCUGCUUGGCAGGGGGUUGGACUCGAUGGCCCUUGUGGUCUCUUCCAACUCUAUGAUUCUAUGAUUCUAUGAUUUGAGUGAUCUAAAAGCUCUGGCUUGGAUCCUAAGUAAAGUCAAACUAAGGAGGUUCACGGGAGAAAAGUUUCCUUUCUCUGGUUGGCUUGCAGGAGGUGUGCAGAACACAGUAGGUAACCCCACUCCCCAACAGCUAAAGGGAGCCAGGUGCAUGUGGCCUAAACUGCAGUUACUUACAGGCAGCUCCCAAGGCUGUUCCUCCAGUUUGGGUGCCUGGUAAGCUGCUCAUUCUCCUUGUUUCUAGCACACAUUACUUUCUGCAGUUUAUUUUGUACUUGUCUCUUCACCACUCCCUUUCCCUUAAUUUAUAUUGUUUCUUUUCUGAUAUUUUGGGAGAACAGGAAGGACUCUGUCUCAUUUGUCUUCUCUGCUUCUCUCUUUUCUCUCCUAUUCUGUUGUUACAAUUUUUCAAACAGUGCAGAUUUAAGUAUAUAAAUCUUCAGAGCCUGGAAACAGGAGACAUCUGGAGACUCCUGCAGGCUGGGCUGGCAUGGGUGGGUUCAAGCCAAACACCCUUAAAAGGGAAACCACGGCCCUUUUCAUCUUCCCUGGGAGAGGGACCACUGAACCAAAGGUUCAUUAUUUCCCCAUGUGUAGCCUGUGUGUGGUGCUGCAAGCAACAAUGAAACCUCCAUUUGAGUCUCUUAGGACUAUUUCAUUAAGACUGUCCUCACUUGAGGUACUCUUUCUUGUGGUUAUUAUUGCCAGUCUGAAGAGAUCUCCAGAUUGGAGGCCCUGUCUAUCAAGUCCAACAUUGUGCCUUUGAGGAAGACAGAGUAGUACUAGGGCCUAAACCAUAUUUCCUUCCUAAUAUCAAUCCUCUUUGUCACAAAUCUCAAGAGCUUCCCGUAACUUCUUUCUGUCCUAAUUCUUCUCCCAACCCUCUCAGUGGGCAUGGCAUAAGCUGGACAUCAGAGAUGUCCAAAGAACCUGCCAAUUCAGCAGAGCAGAAUAUCUGUUUGCACCUAAUAGCCCAAUACAUUGGGGCAGAAGGUGUUUAGAUUGACCUUGACUAGGUGGGUUCAGGACAUGGCUGCUUAAUAUUAUAGCCCAUCCUACCAGCAUUUUCCACUAAUGCUCUGUUGGAAGAGAUUUGCAGGGCUGCUACAUGGACUUCUGCUAGACACUGUGAGAUUGAUAAGCAGAAGUAGCUUUCGUCAGUAGGGUGCUCAGCCACCUGAUCCUCCUGAUUGGCAUUGCAGUUAGCUUGGGCAAGUUGCAUUGUAUUCUGAAGGCCUCCUGUAUGCCAGUCACAGAUAAGAACUUUGGGCCAGUCAUGUUCCUUCUGGUGAGGUUUGGAAGGUCUCCAGCCCCUCCCUCUUAUUCUGAUCAGGAGGAUGUUUCUCAUACAGGGGCUUCUGCACAUUUAUCUCAGUUUGGCUGACAUAUUGCACCUUCCAGGCCACAGAGGGUGUUUUUUCUUCUUGGUUUGUCUUCAUAUUGUCUCCUCCUUCUUUUCUUCUUCCUUCUACCUGCUCUGUCUUACACUCAGCCACAGAGGGAAAUCUGGAAGGAAAUCCUUGGAAGCUGCUGUGACUGCAAUAUAAAUCACAUGCCGUUUUCCGGGUGGUGUGGAUGUAUGUUUAACCUGUUAUAUUCCAGAGGCCUUUUGCAUGCCCACCAGAAAGAGCAUAAGAAGAGUCCUGCUUGAUCAGGUCCAGCAUCCAGUUCUCAGUGCCCAGCCAGACAACAAUGGGGCCUGUUUGCACUCUUUCCCCCCCUCCAAAAAAACGAAGCCUCUCAGAGCUUCAUCAGGAGCUCUGCUGAACAAUGUAGACGGCUGCUGGUAGAGGAGGAGGGAACAGGAAACUUAAAUUGUUUUUAUGAAUUUAUGACUAGACUAAAAGAGUAAGAAUUAUAAUCAAUAAACAACAUUUUGUCUGCUUUCUGGUGAAGAGCUUGAAGCUGACGAAGAAAGGCUUUGGGCACGCUAACGUUUAUGCAUGCAAGUGUUGAAUGUAUUGUCACCACAUAGAACUUUAAUUCUUCUGACAUUUGUUUCGCUUUUAGCUUUGAAGGUGAUCCUUGUCUGUUUCGAGCGUCAGCUUGGCAGCCAAUGGUAUUGGCUAAGCCUGCAGGUCAAAGAGAUGGCUUUGCGAAAAGUAGGAGGGCUUGCUCUAUGGGAUUUCAUAGAUUUUAUUGUUCGCACCCGAAUUCCUAUCUUUGUGCUUCUUCGACCCUUCAUUCAGUGCAAGGUAAAGCUACUUUUAAUGUUAAUCGCCAUUUCCUUGUGAAAUGACAUUGAUAAACCAGAUGAGGGGGGGAGGAGCGAGGAAUGCUUUGUUGUAGUAGCACUCUCAAAAGUGAGAGAGUAUUCCUUGGAUACUAAACAGGCUUGAGUACCCCUGUUGUUUGCCUCAAAGGAAGAGCAGGAAACAUUUCAAAGGUGUUGAUUCUCUAGACCAGGGGUAAAGGUCAAGGUAAAGGUACCCCCUGAUCAUUAGGUCCAGUCACGGACGACUCGGGGGUUGCACGCUCAUCUCGCUCUAUAAGCCGAGGGAGCUGGCGUUUGUCUGCAGACAGCUUCCGGGUCAUGUGGCCAGCAUGACCAAGCCGCUUCUGGCGAACCAGCACAGUACACAGAAAUGCCCUUUACCUUCCCGCCAGAGUGGUACCUAUUUAUCUACUUUCACUUUGACAUGCUUUCAAACUGCUAGGUGGGCAGGAGCAGGGACCAAGCAAUAGGAGCCCACCCCAUCAGGAGAAUUGGAACCGCUGAUCUUCUGAUCAGCAAGCCCUAGGCUCUGUGGUUUAAACCACAGCAUCACCCGCGUCCCUUGGACCAGGGGUAGUCAACCUUUUUAUACCAUCCGCCCACUAAUGCAUCUUUCUUUAAGGUAAAAUUUCCUUACCGCCCCCCAGUGCUCAAUGGAAGGAGGAUUCAGCUUGUGCCGUAGAACCCCCUUCUGCCCACCUAGAAUCCUGAAACGCCCACUAGUUGGCAGUAGGGACCAGGUUGACAUCCCCUGCUCUAGACCAAGGGUUUUCAACCAGUGUGCCAUGGCACCCUAGGGUGCCUUGAAUGAUGGUCAGAGAUGCAGUAGGCAACACUGGCCUCUGUCCCUCUUUCCUGCCCUCCGCCUUCUGAUGCCCUCUUGCGUCUCUGCCUCCUCAAGGCUUGCACAGCUGUUUGUUGUAGCAGCCCUGGCUACAAGCUUCCCAGGCAAAUGAUGCCUCUGGAGCUGGCCAAGGAGUGCUGGUUGUCAGGAGCUGAGGCGGUGUUAGAGUAAGCAAGCAAGUGGGGGAGGGAGCCCAGUCAGCCAGUCCACCAGACCUUGCUGUUGGGAAUGGAUGAACAAGUGGGAGACCGGGCAGUGACCCCUGUAUGGUCUCAAGCAGAGAGCUAAUAAGCCUUGUUACCUAAGAUCCUUUCAAGUAACGAGCUUAGAAUUGAAACUGAGGUUUAUGCAGGCAAAGUGGGCAUUCUGCCUUUGAGCUAUGGCUCUUCCUCUUAAUUUUAAAGCAGUAUUUUGAUGGUGUUUCUUAUUUAUAUAAAUAUAAACUUUAUAAACCUAUAAAUAUAAACAAAACCAAAUGGCAUUAAAAAAACGGAACUGGCAUUACAAAACUGAACCAAUAUCUUUGUUGAGUGUUAUGAGGGUCACUUGCAGAAUCACUGAGAGUGUUGACUUAAAACUACCGGUAACUGGUUUUGUUUUGAGCCAGUGUGGUGUAGUGGUUAAGAGCGAUAGUCUCGUAAUCUGGGGACCUGGGUUCGCGUCUCCGCUCCUCCACAUGCAGCUGCUGGGUGACCUUGGGCUAGUCACACUUCUCUGAAGUCUCUCAGCCCCACUCACCUCACAGAGUGUUUGUUGUGGGGGAGGAAGGGAAAGGAGAAUGUUAGCCGCUUUGAGACUCCUGAAGGGGAGUGAAAGGCGGGAUAUCAAAUCCAAACUCCUCCUCUUCUUCUUCUUCUUUUGUUUUUGUUCUUCCUGUAUCUUCCUGACCACCCUCACCCCCAGUUGCUAGCCCAGCCAGCUGAGAAUCAUGAAGAAAUGACUGCUCGACAGCACAUUGCUGACCAGUUGGAGCGGCGCUUCAUCCCACGCCCUCUCUGCAAGAGCUCUCUCAUUGCGGAAUUCAACAAUGAGCUAAAGAUCCUCAAGGAGGCUGUGCAUAGUGGGUCAGGUGAGGAAAUCGAUGAAUAAAAGCCAAUUGAGAAAAGAUGCACCUCAGAUAAGAACAUAUUACACUAAUCAUCACUUAACCAACAGCACAAUGCUUUAAACCACAUAUCACUUCUAAAACUGAAAUUGGAAAGGAUCAGUAAUUUAACUUUUUAAAGCUUUUGUAAAAUGUUACAUUGGCAUCCCUUAAGGCUGAAGUCCUGCAAAGAAAUAAUUGCCACCUGGAUGGUGGUGAGACAAUAUCUUCUAAAUAUAUAGUGUAAUUGAAAACCAGUGACUACCACUGGUGCCCAUCAAAUAUGGUGAGAUAAAUGUCUUACAUGACAUUUAUUCAAUCAGUCUUAGGGAAGCGCUUCUUGUAACUUCCUAGUAUCAUGGAAUUAAAGUAAGUACAUUAGGAAAGCUUCUUUUUACAUUGCCUGCACUUCCAAUGGCUCAGAAUCUGCAGAUCACUGACCCUCCUCCUUUCGUUCCUGCUGUGGAAAAGAACUAAGUCUUGCCAACUUUCAUUUUAAUGAACACCUCUUUUCCACCACCUUAAUUUGUUCAGCCUACCAAGGUAAGACUUCCAUCAGCACUGCAGGCACCUCUACCUCUGCAUACCGACUGAGUCUCGCCACAAUGUCGCGCUCCAACACUGGUACUGGAACUGUCUGGGAACAGGAUAGUGAGCCUUCCCAACAAGCUUCCCAGGAUACUUUAAGCCGGACAGAUGAGGAAGAUGAAGAAAGUAAGUACCCAGCAUUGCAGAGGUGAUGUGGCGGCAGGCCUGUUUCUUUAAAUCUGGAUCCCCUGCAGUCAUCUAAAAAGCCAGGGGCAGAGGGAGAUGCAUUGGGAGGUGUGCACAAUCCUUCCCCUGAGUUGAAGCAUUUUUACUCCCGGAGCAGUUAUAGGUUUGUUUUGUUCUUGUUUUCAUUAUGUAUUUUGUGAUUUAUGCUGUGAACUACCCUGUGAUCUUUGGAUGAUGGGUGGUAUACAGAUUUAUUAAAUAAAUUCAUUCAUUCAUUCAUCUAGGAGAAAAGCACUAGGCAGAGGGGCUACAGGGAGGUAAACUGCCAUCCUGCCCCUUCCCUUUAUUACUGAAAGUGAAAAUUGGCCCUCUGUUUUCUGUAUGGCUGCUACAGAUACAAACACAGAUUUAAACACAUGACUGUUGCACUGAGAUUUACCUAUAUGGACAAUUAAAUGGUGGACACAUAUUAAUUUAAAUUAUAUGGACUAAAAAAGCAAUUAAAAAAGCAGAGUAAUCUUUUUCUUAACAAAUAUUGCCUUUAUGUACAUUAUGUUGAACUUAGAUUUUUAUAUUUAUACUUCUUAUAUUUGAGAGGGUUUACAAAAACAUUUUGAUUAUUUUUAUCAUGGGGCUGAAACUUUUGUGUGUUUGUAGGAUUUUGCUGCCAUUUUUACAGUUAUAUUAGGAAGGGAAGACUCUUCCUGUUACAACUGCUACAAAUGCUCUGCUGAAGAUCGAACUAAGGCGGCAAGCUUUAAUUUAUUUCAUUUUUAGCUGAUUAUUAUUAAAAGUAGAUUUAAAUUACUCAAGCUGAGGCUGAAAAACAAAACAAAACAAACAAACAAACAAACAAACAAACAAACAAACUGGUUUUCACUUCUUGAAGGCAUUUUCAUUCUGGUAUGUAACUAAGGUCUGCAAUCCAGUACACACAUAACCUGGGACUCAGUCCCAUUGAAGCCAGUAGGGCUUUCUCCCAGAAGGCUUUAUUAUAGGGGUAAACUUGUCCCUGUUUUGACAGCUUGAAUUUUGGCAGCCAUGAAACUAUUAACCCCAAAAGCUAUAUGUGAAACAAUUUACCAUCUGUUGUGGUUGUUGUGGUGGUGGUGGUGGUGGUUGUUAUACCCCAGCCACUCUGGGUGGCUUACAGCAGAUAUUAAAACAUAAUGUGAGAGAUUCUUCAUCCUACCCCCUCUAGAUGAUUCCGUGAGCAUGCCCAGUGUGGUAAGUGAACAAGAAGCAUACCUCAUGGGUGCCAUUGGGAGGAGGAGAUUCUCCAGCCAUCUCUCCAGCAUGUCUGCACCUCAGGCUGAGGUGGGCAUGUUACCCAGCCAAAGGUAACAAUACGGGCUAUUUCACAUUUCCUGACAUCUCUCACAAGAGCAGAAAUUAUGAAGGUAUAAUAUAGUGUUCAACACAUGGGUGUUUGGAGAAGAAGAGUUGUCACAAGGUCAAAUAAAAUAAGAAAUGAGGCAAUGCAACAUUAGCUUUAUGUUAAAAUGUGUAUGGUGUAGGAACUACUGUUUUAAUCCUACAUAUUAGAAACUUAUACAUGUUUUCCUUGAUACUUAUUAGUGAGGAAUAGGUAAUUUGAAGAGAGAUUGUUGUUCUUGUUAACUUUCCAUUCCAUGACCUAGUCUAAGUUACAGAUAUGUUCUGCUAAAUCAGAGCCUCAGCUGAAGGUGCUUGUGAAUGCAACAUUUUUUAAAAAUAAAAACAUAUAGAUCACUAUCUUGGACAGAUCUGUCCAUCUAGCUGAGAAGUAUCUGAGCUACUUCCAUAGUCCUGCAGCUAAGGGGUCCUACUUUUUGAACUCAAUGUUCUUUUGUUGCAUUUGCACAGAACUUUAGGCACCAUGGCGUGUGGCAUAUUGAGAACAUUAGGAUGACUUUAAAAUGUAAAGUGAGAAUUUAGACAGUAAGAAUGUGUAACCAUGAACUGUCCCAUACCUGCUGACAUAGGAAAAGCUAACUGUGCUCAUGGUGCAUGGGUGUGUGGGGGCGUGUAUGCAAGAGAGAGAGAAUUUGGGGGUUUUAAAUUCAGCGAUAGCCCAACUUUUAUAUUCACUUGGCAAUCAUUGGAAAAUAAAUUGACAUUGAUCCCCAGUAUCCCCCCUCCAUAGCCUAGUUUUGUUUUCUUACAGUGGAUUUAGAGAACCAGUUGACCUGGUGAUAAAUUGACACAAUAAUUAGCCAGGUUUUUCUCUCUCUCAACUGCUUAUGCAUAGUGAAAAAGUAAGGCAGAAAGAUGCAACAUGAAACUGAAACUUUUUGCAACCAUGCUGCCAUCACGUGAAAUCCAUACCAAUUUGCAGUCACUCUUGGGGCCACUUAAUACACGUGUUGAGCAGUGGUGCCUGUAUGUUUUCCCUUAAGAGAGAUAAAACCCCCCAGCUUUGUGAAGUUUAUUUUAAUUGGGAAAACAUCACCGGGGGAGGAAUAGGGCUUUCCCGGAAUUACCUUUCUUCUGCGCUUUCUGGGCAUGAUCCGUGCUCCGGAGCUUUCCCCAUGAAAACUCGCUUUUUCAAGCUGAAUCAGAGCACACGGCAUUCUGCAGAAAAGCUGAAUUGCUGUUUGUUGGACUUCAGCAUUAAAGAGUGAAAACCCCAACGCAGUGCUUUAAAGUGCUGGCCUGUGUGGCAUGAGUGGGGCAAAAGAUCAGCGUGGAUAAACGCUUAGAGAAACCUUCCCCUAGUGCAGGGGUAGGCAACCUAAGACCCUGGGGCCGGAUGUGGCCCAAUUGCCUUCUCAAUCCGGCCCGCGGACGGUCCGGGAAUCAGUGCGUUUUUACAUGAGUAGAAUGUGUCCUUUUAUUUAAAAUGCAUCUCUAGGUUAUUAGUGGGGCAUAGGAAUUUGUUCAUUCCCCCCCCCCCACCAUAUAGUCUGGCCCACCACAUGGUCUGAGGGAAGCUGGACCAGCCCACGGCUGAAAAAGGUUGCCGACCUCUGCCCUAGUACCAUGGACCUGAUUCAGUUUAUGUUCUCCCCCUGGUGGAUGCACAAGAAAUGCUUAUCACAUUUCUCCUGUGUCUCAUCUAGUUUGGUCAUCAGAAACAAUCCUUGAUGGCUGACAAAUGUGAAAGAAAGAGCAGUUAUUGUCUAUUGACAGGGCUAUAAGCUUUCCACCCUAAGAACUUGCCUAAAUUAGGUUCAGCUGUAAAGCUAUUUGUAACAGUUCUGCUAAUGUUUUGCUGUACUGUAAAUCAUACUUGUAUGCUAUGACAUCAUUAGCCUGGUAGCGUUUGAAAAGUAUAUUUACUAAAACUGCAAAGUUUAAUUGGUGUAUUGCUCAAAAAAUAAUUGAUUAACUGGUGAGAAAGUAAAGGCACACUAAUAUUUGCAACUGUUUUGGUCAUGGUGCAUUACUGUAACGCAAAGUGAACAGGAGAGCCCUCGUCCCCUGGAGAGUCUUCAGGGUUCCAAAGGAGGAGGAGAUUCUGAAGCAGGCUGAGCCUUCCUCCUGGGAAAAAAAAUCAGGUUUAAUAUUGCAGACAGCACUCCCUUUGGUUAAGAGAUAACACAUCCCUGGGGGGAGAGCCGCUUGGCAGAAGGCGGCAGGUGAGGCAUAAAGUUUCAUGGAAGCAGUCAGGGGCUUAGCCUGAGGGCAGCUGCACCACCUAAAUCAAGUACAGUGGUACCUCGGGUUACAGACGUUUCAGGUUACAGACUCCGCUAACCCAGAAAUAUUACCUCGGGUUAAGAACUUUGCUUCAGGAUGAGAACAGAAAUUGUGCUCCGGCGGCGCGGCGGCAGCGGGAGGCCCCAUUAGCUAAAGUGGUGCUUCAGGUUAAGAACAGUUUCAGGUUAAGAACGGACCUCCAGAAUGAAUUAAGUUCUUAACCCGAGGUACCACUGUAAAUAAAUAAAAAUACUUAACUAACUGAGCAACUGCAUCACAGAUAGUUUGGUUCUGCCCCCCCCCCCCCCAGUCCUGACCUCCCUAACAUAAAUCCUGGCUACGCCCAUGGAAGCAGAGGAUCUUGCAGCAGUGAAGCCUUGAUAGGAGAACUGUAUGAGAUGAACAGGCUCUUACUGAUCCACAUUAUAUUUGUGCAGGUGGCUGCCCCAUUGCCACAUCCUGAGCUACAGAAAAGGAGCUUAGUGUUUAACUAUGUUUUCCUAUGCAUGUUUUGCAGGGAGGUGGUGGUGGGGAAAGUGAGGUUCUUUAGGUUCCAAUAUUACAUUGGUCUCCCAUUCCACAUACCCUUACCUACAGGAGCUGGUCGCCCUCAUUCAGCUGUGUGUGAGGCUCUUAGGGUUCCUUACUUGUGGGGAAAAUAAUGUUGGAAUGAGUGGGCCUCAUGGGUAAGUUUAAAAUGAGAAGGGGGUUGAGUCCAAAACAUAUGAGAAGCUUUGGUGUCUAUCUGGUCAUGGCUGUCCAGAGGAAUGCUGUCCAGUAAAAUGAUGUUGAGGAGAAAGGGGGUCUGAAAAGAAAGACAGUAAAUAGAAUAAAAACGGGACACGAGGGUUUGAAGAUCACUCCAUCCUCAUUUCUUUUAUUACAAUGCCACCUAAUUGUGAUGUAUUGUAAAAAUCAGGAGAUUUCUUUGCAUCAUAACUUCUGUCUAUAGGACACCCGUUAGAGUAAAAAGCAAGUCUUCUGUCCAGGUAUUGGUUCUAGGGGUCAAACUGCACAUAAUGUUCAAUGGAUAGUCGGCAACUAUAACUGGGUUUUAAAAAAUAACGUAAUGUAAAGUGUGGUGGGAUCCCAAUUUUCAUCUGAACUAAAGGGAAUGGGGAGGUUUAAUCCUUCUCUUUCCACUUAUGAUCCACAUGAAAAUUGCACCACCCUGCUGCAGGUAGCUUUGGGGGAGGGGAAGAUGCUGCUGGUGCCAAUGGGAGCUUUUUCCCAAUGCUAAUUUUAGCAGUUAAAAACAAACAAACAAAAAGCUAAGUAGGUAAUGGAUAAACACUGUCCCAGUGCACAUAUACAACAUGUGUUGUAUUACAUUUUUAACCACCACAAUAUAGUUGCUGUCUACACAUUAACCAAAAAUAUAGUUUGACCCUAACUUCAGUGAGUCAGCUUUGAGACCAACUUUACUGUUAUUUUUUCCCUUUACUAUCCUUCUGAUACUUCUUUUCUUUGAACACAGAGACGGUUGCAUGCUUUAAAAACAUAUUUUCUUCCCUAAAUGCUUCACCUCCCCGCCCCUCCUGCAGUGAACCUAAUGUCCUCGAUGACUCCCAAGGCCUGGCAGCUGAGGGCAGCCUCUCUAGGUACAGUGUUUACCCUACCUGUAUGUCAGUGUCUGUGCUGGGAACAACCUGCUCCCUAUAUUCACUGUCUUUCCUUACUCAUCCUCAGUUCUCUCUCCCUCCAUUCCUGUUCCUUGUUCUUCAUUGAUUAUCAGGCCUGCAAGUCAAACGUGCAGCAACCCUAGUUCAGUUGAGACUAUUGAUUACUAGUAACCUUUAUUGGCCAAAAAAAAAAAAAAAGUGGGGGGGGGGGGCGAGUUCCAUGUGAAAUAAAACUUGUCACACCAAACUCCUAGAUUAUCUGUUGCAGGACUUUGUCUGUGUCUUUGUAGCUUUUACUAGGUAUCAGAUUAGAAUCUUCUCUUCUCUUCUCUUCUCUUCUCUUCUCUUCUCUUCUCUUCUCUUCCCUUCCCUUCCCUUCCCUUCUCUUCUCUUCUCUUCUCAACAAAGGGCUCUAUUUCUAUUUAUACAUAACACAUCAGUGUUAAUGGGAGACAGUGAUUUUUAAGUAUUUUUGUUGCUAUAUAUUAAACACCAUGUAAUGUAAUGGUGGCCCUUGCUAGAAUACUAACCAUUGAUCCUGUUGUGGCAUUCAGAUCAUAAUGCAGCUCAUAAUGACUGCUGCCACAAUACCAUAGCUGCUGUAGGAUCUCUUAAGAUGAGUGACUGUUAGGAUUGGACUGCUACACAAAGUUCAGGGAACCAAGAGAAGGACAAUAAUGAAUAAAGGAUCAUUUUAACUAAAUGGAACUAUAGAAAAACUCAUUGAAUAGAUUAUAACAGUAUUUAAAUGCUUUGAAGACUGUGUCAACAGUUCUCUCAUCUUCUUUGAUGCCAGGUAAGACAAAAGGAAAGGUUUUAAGCUGCAAGAAGAUAGGUUUAGGGAAAAUACCCCAAACUUUUCACUAACCCCUUUAAAUACGUGAAAAUAUAAGCUAUUGAAUUUUAUCCUUUGGAGAUCUUCAUGUGGAACCUGAGGAAGAAAUUCAGCGUUGUGCUUUGCAAGCAUUCCUUCUGUGCAAACUCCAUCACUCCUGUGCACUGUUCUGGGGGUUCCCCCGGCACCCCCCCAAGCUUAUUUCAGAGGCACAGGAGUAGGAGAGAAGGGAAAGCCCCAAUGUGCAAGCAGAAAGCCCUGCACAGGGCACUGCUUUGCCUUUCUGGGUUCAUUAAGUGAAUCCUGACCUGAAUGACUAUUUGUCAGGAACUGUUUAGCUAUAUUCAUACGAGCCAACUCCUAGGGGCCGAAGGGUCUUCAGCCCCCCAAUAAAAUAUUUGAGGGGGCCAGGGCCCCCAAAAUUAGUGGGCAUUGCCUUUCAAAUGGUGUUCAUGCACCACGUCAUGUGAUGCAUGACCCCCCCCCAAUAUUUUACUCAAGUGGCAUCCCUGGCUAUAUUUAUUACAUAGUGAGUUCAAAAUUUUAGUUUUUAGUUACACUUCCAGCAAACAAGUUGCUGCAAUGCAUUAAUUAAACCUGUGCAGCAUCUGUCAGGUUCUUGUUAAUCAUUUUAGUCACAUGUACUAAUUUCAAUAAUAUGGGAGACCUUUUUUUAGCAGGUGGUUUACUAGAUGGUUUCAAAAUCUUUGGAAGUUCACUGAAGUGUUACUUAAAAUUACUUACUUGCAUCUUCUGAGGCAGGUCUUCCCUACCAAAGCAACCUGUUUGCAGCUUUGUACAGUAGCCAUAUCUGGGUGUUAAAGCCAUCGCAUGAUUAGAGUUGUAUGUAGAGACUGUAGGGAUCUGUUCGCUUAUUCCGCUACCCUCUGUGGAUUGGAGGGGAUCUGCUUCAGGGAGUCUGCUGCCCUGGUGCGAUAUACAUAGAACUCUGCAUAAUCAGGGAACACAACAGAGGGGUGGGACCUACUGUUCUCUCAACUUGCGAGCUCUUCAGUGCCUGGACAGGGCUACAGAUAGGAUUAAAGCUAUUUCUUAAUGGUCCAUCUACAGAAUUUUGUUCUAGGACAAAUGCUGUGUAAGAGAGUCUCCGCACUUGGCUGGAAUUUUCCUUAGUGAUACUCUUUACCUCUAGCAGGAUCCAUUGGGAGAGAAGGGCUGUUGUUUUCUCAUGCUGUCAUACUAGACCCAGGGGCCACACUCUAUGUGGCUCAUUUCGGCUGCCUGCCUGAGCUACCUAAAUUGGUUUGAAGUGCCUAUAUGCAGUGUGUGGCUGUUCUCUUUAUGGGCCCUGUGUUUCCUUCCUUUAUUUUGGCUUGCUUCCAGGGGCAAGCUGCAAAAAGGUUCCUGAGAAGGGAUGACAUUCCUUCCUUCAAGCACUAGGAGGAGCUAAGCCAACCUGGGUCCAGUAUGACAGUGCAGAGAGUCCAACGGAUCUAUUCCUUGCCAUCUUAGUUACAACCCUGUAUUAAACCCUUACAUUUCAACUUGGCAAAAGAGAUUCCCUUUGACCAUUUUGGAAGGGUCAGCCACUCCAUAUUUAAGAUUCUUCUCUGAAAAUUCCAAACCCUCCCCCAAGAUUAAUUAAUUUUCAAAGAGCAUCUCUCCACCCCAUGCCCCAAGCUUGCAAAAAUCAUUGGACUGAAGACUUCUGCCCAGCACUAGGUGAGAGAUAGACCAAAGAACAUAUACACCACAUAAAUACGAAGCAUUAAUUCUUCCUCUGGCGUAAGAUCAAUAGCACUAUUGUUGCUGAUGUGCUCCAAUACCAUUUGAAUUUUGAUAACUUAUAAAUGUUGCUUUAUUUGGUUCAAUUUCUUAAGCUGCAAUAAACAAGAACCAUAAGUAUCCAUCAAAGUUAGGGAAGAUGGGGGUGGGGAGCCUUUUUCAGUCCAGACAUCAGCAAAAUCUAUUUCAAAGUCAAAUACUGAAUAAUGCAUGCCAAGGCUUGUUAAGGAGAUGUAUAAGGGACAGAAUUAAAAUGUAAUCAGACAAUGGCAAAGUACUAUCUACUACUGAAAUUGUCUUCAUAUUGCUGUUCUUUCAACUAGAAUACUGGCAGGCAUUCCCUGUUAUAUGAACAGUUCUUAUUGGAUGGUAUAAACUUUAUACUAUAAAGUAAUGGAAACAGACGGGGAGACAUUGUUCUAGUUUGCAGAUGAGUGCUGCAGUAGGGUUUUGUGCCUGUUUAAUUAUGGAACUAUGUUUGUUCUCAAUUCAGAAAAUUUGCUUUCUGUUGAGUCUGUUAAAUUCAUUUUUUGAAGACCAUGAUCAUGCUUUUUCUAGGACUAGUGCUUAUGUUAAUCACUAUCCACAAAGAAACUUGAGCCUGCAAGUAUGUGUUCAAUGUGAUAACUUUUUCCAUUAAGUCUUGUGCCCAUGACAUGAAUUAAUACUUUGUCAACUGUGUUCAUCAUUCACCUUCUGAACUAAAAUUAUAAAUGAUUAAGGGGUAAAUUAAAAAUCUAACAGGAAGGAAAAUGUGUGUUUCCAACUGUUGCCUAGUGUCUGCAAAAAAACAAACAAAAAAAGACAUUAGGAUCAUAAAAUGACAUCCUUGCCUUCAUCCUUCAUGGCAUGGGGAGCAGAAUGGCCAUUGUAUAAUGGGAUGUAUUAUUGCAUGAUUUUGAGUUCAGUUUGUGAGACUGAUACUUUCCAAUAUAUGGCCUACUCUUGAAUGUCAUUACUCUUUUUAUCCUAGUACUCUUCAUAUCCUAAUUCCAAACCUAACAGAUACUCUCCCGUUACCUUCAGAGGUGAUGUGAUCUUGGAAGCGAUUUUAUCAAUAUGUUUAGCAACGUCUGCAAUAAAACAAGUCUCUUGUAUAUGUUAUUCUACAGUAGUGAUAAUGCUUUUAACACUUAACAGGGUAGCAAGCGUGCAGAGUGAACCUGGACACCACAAUCUUCUUCUACAGCAACCAUUAGGGAGAAAAAGAGGCUUGAGGCAGGUAAGUUCAUAAUACGUUGGUAGCCUAUUGGAUGAAAUAACUGAUUACAUUUUGUUCAGUAGAAUUUGCUUGAAAAUGAAGUAGACCAUAUCAAUGUUAAACAUUGGGUUUAUGAAACUGAUUGUGAUGUAUGCCUGUUUCUGUGCAGAGAUUGCAUUGUUCCAACAAGACAACAAGGAGGAGUGUACAGCCCUUAGGAGCACAUGUUUAAUCACUGCAUUUCAUUUUCAUCAUCUGCAUUAAAAAUCUCAGACACUUUUUUUAAAAAUGCAGGACAUGGUGAGAGAUUAUCUAAUCUGUCCUAGCAAUAACAAGACCAUAUUAAAUAGUGUCUCCCUUGUUCUCAUAUUAUCAAGUAAAAUUCUAAAAGGUACAAUUUUUUUCACCUGCCUUGUUAGAUCAAAUAGUGAAAACAAAAUAAAUGUAUCUACUGGGGGGGGGGAAGGGCUAUACAGUAGCUCACAUUUAACUUGUGAGCAUUCAGCUUUAUGUGCACGGCAAAAAAUUAAUAAUAAAUAAAAGGGGUGUGACUUUGGCAAUCCCACUUGCCAUCGAACCUAAAAGGUUUUGACGAUAUGUGAUUUAAGCUCUUUAGGCACAAUCCUCAGAACAUAACUCCCACAUAUGUUGCAGGCUUACUGUCAAGUGAGAUGUAUUGCAGAACCACAUUAUUGUAUUUUUAACUUUGUUCCUUCAAUGCUUUCCAGCUAAGAAGGCCUCUUUUAUCACGUCAGAAAACACAGACGGAACCUCGCAGCCGUCACGGUGCACGUCUUUCUACCACACGUAGAAGCAUACAGCCCAAAGCAAAACCAACUGGUAAGGAAACAUUUUUCCAAUGCUGUGGUUUCAUUUUUUAAAGCUCCUGGUGAGGAAAGCAGUGGUGAGCUAGUGAACCUCUGCACAUGUAACAGGGUGCUAGCUUCCUCACUGCCUGCUGCACACCCAUAAAAUCUGCUGAAGAGUCCUCCAACCCUCAAAAGCAAAUUUUGAGCAUUCUCCCAGGUGCAGUGCUAUGUGCUCACCCAAAACUCUACUACCUUCUCCUUCCUCUCAAAAACAAAAUGGUACUUUCCACCUAUAUCAGAAAAUGAUCCAGUACACAACCACUUGUGUGCCUGUGUGGAGUAAAUGUGGAGCUUAAGAAUAUGAUUCAGCAUAAGAUCAUGUCUUAUAAAAGAUGGGAUAAUGUUUGCUGUGCUCAUUGUGGAUAUGGAAUGGCAUUGCUGCUGUAGGUCCAGAAAUCCAAACUGCCAUCUAAAGGUGGGCAGUGUUGGCCAACUAUUUCUCUCCAUUCAUGUUGCGGUUCGGUGAUACACUUUGAAGGAAAGGCAGGGAAAUUCUCUGCAAUUUAUCUGGGGGUCAGUUGUAACCUAAGUUCCUCCUCCUAUUGUGAAAGUUAUCUCCAUUAACAUAGAUUGUAUAAUUACUUGCAAUAAACUUGUUUAGGAUCCGGAUGCUAAUUUAUUGUUUCCUAUCUGUAUAUAUAUAUAUAUUUUAAUCUGUAUUGGAGAUUUUCAUUCUGGAGCAGGAACAAAGCAUGAUGAUGUUUUUUCCUGUGUGCUACUGUACUGAUUAUCAAAUUAUGUUUUGAUUUGUUGUGAGCCACCUUGGCCUGUUCCAUGAAAAGAUGACAUAAAAAUAAAUUGAUUGAUUUACUGAUUGAAAACAAGGGGCUGGAAAUAGGCAUGUCAGAGGAUUUCAGUUCAGGCUAGAUUUUGGUGUGAACACCACCUCAUUCAUUCCAUAGGGCAAGUCUCAGAAUUGUGGUUUAGUCUGCAGAUCGACAAACUUUUCUAAUGGCCAGUUUAAUCAUUGUAUUGAGGAGAACUGAGGGAUUGCUCUUUCUCUUUUCUUAACACUAAAGUUGUGUUGACCAGCUUCAAAGUGCAGCACCUCUGCUGUACCAAGUCAAAACACUUUUUAAAUGGUGCAAGAAGCAACUGCACAUAAUUUCCUUAAAGGCACUAUACUAAUAGAUAGACAGACAUAGAUCUCUCUCUCUCUCUCUCUCUCUCUCUCUCUCUCUCUCUCUAUAUAUAUAUAUAUAUAUAUAAUCUAUCUAUCUAUCAUCUAUCUAUCUAUCUAUCUAUCUACCGUAUUUUUCGCACCAUUGGACGCACAUUUUCCCCUCCAAAAAUGAAGGGGAAAUGUGUGUGCGUCCUAUGGAGCGAAUGCAGGCUUUCGCUGAAGCCUGGAGAGCGAGAGGGGUCAGUGCGCACCGACCCCUCUCGCUCUCCAGGCUUCAGAAGCUCUGCGCAGCCCUCAGGAGACCGACUCCGAGGGUUGCGCAGAGCUGCCUGCAGUCCCGGGCUCAGCGCAGCUCUGCGCGGCCAUCGGGAGCGAGUCCCGCCCCGCUCCGGAUGGCGGCGCAGAGCUGCCUGCAGUCCCGGGAUCAGCGCAGCUCUGCGCGGCCAUCGGGAGCGGGGCGCGAAGUCCCGCCCCGCUCCGGAUGGCGGCGCAGAGCUGCCUGCAGUCCCGGGAUUAGCGCAGCUCUGCGCGGCCAUCGGGAGCCGGGCGCGAAGUCCCGCCCCGCUCCGGAUGGCGGCGCAGAGCUGCCUGCAGUCCCGGGAUCAGCGCAGCUCUGCGCGGCCAUCGGGAGUCCCGCCCCGCUCCGGAUAGCCGCGCAGAGCUGCCUGCAGUCCCGGGAUCAGCGCAGCUCUGCGCGGCCAACGGGAGCCGGGCGCGAAGACCCACCCCGCUCCCGAAGGCCGCGCAGAGCUGCCUGCAGUCCCGGGAUCAGCGCAGCUCUGCGCGGCCACCGGGAGCGGGGCGCGAAGUCCCGCCCCGCUCCGGAUGGCGGCGCAGAGCUGCCUGCAGUCCCGGGAUCAGCGCAGCUCUGCGCGGCCAUCGGGAGCGGGGCGCGAAGUCCCGCCCCGCUCCGGAUGGCGGCGCAGAGCUGCCUGCAGUCCCGGGAUCAGCGCAGCUCUGCGCGGCCUUCGGGCGCGGGGCGCGAAGCCCCGCCCCGCUCCGGAGGGCGGCGCAGAGCGGCCAGCAGUCCCGGGAUCAGCGCAGCUCGGCGCGGCCUCCGGGAGCGCUCCGGAUGGCGGCGCAGAGCUGCCUGCAGUCCCGGGAUCAGCGCAGCUCUGCGCGGCCAUCAGGAGCGCUCCGGAUGGCGGCGCAGAGCUGCCUGCAGUCCGGGAUCAGCGCAGCUCUGCGCGGCCAUCGGGAGCGCUCCGGAUGGCCGCGCAGAGCUGCCUGCAGUCCCGGGAUCAGCGCAGCUCUGCGCGGCCAUCGGGAGCGCUCCGGAUGGCCGCGCAGAGCUGCCUGCAGUCCAGGAUCAGCGCAGCUCUGCGCGGCCAUCGGGAGCGAGUCCCGCCCCGCUCCGGAUGGCCGCGCAGAGCUGCCUGCCGUCCCGGCUCAGCGCAGCUCUGCGCGGCCACCGGGAGCCGGGCGCGAAGUCCCGCCCCGCUCCGGAUGGCCGCGCAGAGCUGCCUGCCGUCCCGGCUCAGCGCAGCUCUGCGCGGCCACCCGGAGCCGGGCGCGGAGUCCCGCCCGCGCCGGCUGGCCGCGCAGAGCUGCCUGCCGUCCCAGGAUCAGCGCACUUCUCGCCAGCCCCACAAGCUCAGGGGACAGCGGGGAGGCAGAGCGCACCUUCCCGCUGUUCCCCGACCUAGUUCUUCCAGCCCCGCACCUGGGGGGGAAAUAAAAAUAUUUUUCUUUAUUUCCCCCCCAAAAAAACUAGGUGCGCCCUAUGGGCCGGAGCGUCCUAUGGAGCGCAAAAUACGGUAGCUGUCUAUCUAUCUAUCUGUUGCGCCACCUGGAGAAUAAUCUUUCAGUUCACCUUGUAAGCACUCCUCAUUUUCAUGUGUCUUUUCGUGAGUGUUUUUAUUCAGGGUUUUUUUUUAAGGAUUUCCCUGGAAAUACCCUUUAAAAAAUCUCAUCUGGAACAGGGUGGGAUAAAGCAUAUCCAUAAGACAUCCAUUUAUGGAACCAGGACAGGUCAGUCUGGUAUAGAUUCAUCCAUUCCUAGGCAGAAGGUAGGCAUUCAGGCCAUGAAAUGGUUGCAGAAUUCAUUUUCAAAUGCGUGUGGUGGUACAUCCACUGCUGCUUAUGGUCUAAUUCUGCAGUUGAUCAAAAACGAUCUGUAACCUUCACUGAAGCUAAAUCCGAGGCAUUGACAUCAAAGCCGGAUCCAGCACCAAUUGCAGCCCAGCAGCAAAGCAGCAAAAAGAGCAGCCCUUCAGACGGUAGCAAGCAGGAAGCUGCAAACAGAUCCACUCUGCCUCCCUCACCUGCUGUUAUUGUGGCAGAUCUCCACAGUCAAGUCUCCUCCAGUCAGGUAAUCUACUGGGAAAAGUGUGUUUGCUUGCUUGUCACAGCUUAUUCUUCUGUUCCCGUUAGGGAUGGUGGAAAAUUUGAUUCAAUUUGCAUUUAAAGGCUUACUAACCAAAUUUACAUUUUCUGAAAUACUAUGCAAACUGAAACACGGCUAUCCUUUGAAAUUCACACUACCUGAAUCUUGCAAUUCAAUUCUCCAGCCAAAUAAUGUGUAUUUGUACAAAAAUGCAUAUACAAUGGCGAAGUGUGCAUAUAAAUGCAUAUUUGUGAGUGGACAAUACAUAAAUGCAUUAGCUUAGGGGAAACUGCUUUGCAAAAAUGUGUAUAUUAGGCAAAAUUUCAUAUACCGUAUUUUUCGCCCUAUAGGACGCACCGGCCCAUAGGGCGCACCUAGUUUUCAGGGGGGGAAAUCAAGGGAAAAAAUAUGAUCCCCCCCCCCCGCAGCUCUGGGAGCAGCGGACAGGCUGCACGCAGCCUGUCCACUACUCCAAGACCUUCUCCCUGCUUUUGCGGGAGGUGGCGGAAUUCCCCCAUCUCCCGCAAAAGCCCAAAGGAGGGUUGGAGAGUAGCGGGAGGCGUCGCGCGCCUUCCUGCUGCCCCCCAUCCUCUGGGGCUGGUGAUGGGGGAAGCGCUGCUUUCCCCACCGCCAGCCUCGAAGCCGGGUUGGAGAGUAGCGGGGAGGCGUCGCGCGCCUUCCUGCUGCCCCCCAUCCUCUGGGGCUGGUGAUGGGGGAAGCGCUGCUUUCCCCACCGCCAGCCUCGAAGCCGGGUUGGAGAGUAGCGGCAAGGCGUCGCGCGCCUUCCCGCUGCCCCCCAUCCUCUGGUGCUGGCGAUGGGGGAAGCUCUGCUUCCCCCCGCCAGCCUCCAACCUGGGUUGGAGAGUAGCGGGAAGGCGUUGCGCGCCGUCCCACUGCCCCCAUCCUCUGGGGCUGGUGAUGGAGGAGGCGCUGCUUCCCCACCACCAGCCUCGGCCGGGUUGGAGAGUAGCGGGAGGGCGUCGCGCGCCUUCCCGCUGCCCUCCAUCCUCUGGGGCUGGCGAUGGGGGAAGCGCUGCUUUCCCCACCGCCAGCCUCGAAGCCGGGUUGGAGAGUAGCGGCAAGGCGUCGCGCGCCUUCCCGCUGCCCCCCAUCCUCUGGGGCUGGCGAUGGGGGAAGCGCUGCUUUCCCCACCGCCAGCCUCAAAGAGCAGACUCUCCUGGCUUCAGCGGAAGCAACGAGAAGCCUCCGGAGCGCAGGCUUCGGAGGCUUCACGUUGCUAUCGCUGAAGCCAAGGAGUCUGCAUUUGCCCCAUAGGACGCACACACAUUUCCCCUUCAUUUUUGGAGGGGAAAAAGUGCGUCUUAUAGUCCAAAAAAUACGGUAAAUGUAUGUAGGAGGAGAAAUUGGCACAAAGAUGCUGGCAAAUUUUCAUGAGGACUUUAAAAAAAUGCAAACUGAUACAGAAAUAUGGAAAAUUGAACAUCAUACUGGAAAAAUUAUAAACUGAGAGAAACUGAGAUUGACAUAUUUGCCCACCCCUACUCUGCAUACGUUUGCUAUUUAUUUUCUCACUGUAUCUUAAGAUAGUCCUCUGUUCUUUCUGUUCCCUUAUGCCUUUCCUCUCUUUGUGCACAUAUUUGAAUAUAUUUCCAUAAAUAUAUAUUUUAUUAUUUAUCUAGUUACAGUAAUGCAUGGGAACCUCUCAAAUGUUAAUUCCCCAGUCUCUUGUAUUUCUAAAACGACUUACAAAAGUGACAUUACAGUCCCUACAAAAUGUCUAAUAAUCCCACAGAAAUCCAUACAGUCCAGGACACAAAGAGCAAAAUAUCAACACAGUACUGUUGCACCAGGCCCAGUGCUCCUGGGCUGCCUCAGCAGGCACCACAGCUAUGAAGUCCAGUGGAAAGUGAGAGGCGGAGCAGGAUACUGGAUUUUGGCAUUGCACAGGGCCCCACUGAAAUUUGAGGUGUCAAGGUCCGUUGGCACCAGCAUCACUCUUCCAGCAUGGAGUGACCUGUUUUGCUCACUGAAUGUGGCAGGACCCCCAAAGUGGCCACCCCAAACCAGGGCAUUCCAGGUGCAGAGAGGGGCUGAGCUGUCCUUGCUGCCAUCAUGCAAUGGCAUCAAGACUGGUCCAGGUCUUAUUGCGGAGUCAGCUCACAAUAUGCCUGCCCCACUUUUCACCCUGGCCAGCAACAUAAGUGGCAGGGUUUCAGAUGUGUGUGCAGCCUUGCCACCCAUGAGGGCGGCUGGGGGUUGGAUUGCAGCCAUUGGAAUUUGACCGUUUUAAGGAUAGUUGCAGGGUAAUGUUUAUCUGCAAUAACCUUUCUUCAUUUCAGAAUGUGAUGGCUUCUGCUGAGGAUAAAAAAAAGGACGAGAAUGUGGAGCAAAAGCCAGCACCAGCUCACAGUACCCCUCCACCCACAGAACUUUCUGACACUGAGGAUUUUGCAGGCCUUGAAACCACCAGCUUACUGCAGCAUGAAGACACUGUCCUUCACAUUAGUGAAGACAAUGGGACAGAGAAUCCCCUACUUUCCAGCCAGUUCAGCUACAUGCAGGUUGAGGUGGGACAGACUGGUAUUGACCUGGAUGAGUCUCAUGUUUGA